AUGGCGGCGGCUUCCAGAAGUGUGGCCACAGUGGUUUGCUGCGGUUGCACGAGCUGGGAACGUGGUAGCUCCUCCUCUUCCUCCUUCCAUGGAGGGGAAACAGCCCUUGGCCUGCGGUAGUGGUAGGAAGAGGAGGAGGAGCCGCCACCAGCCACAGGAGCCAAGCUGCCAGGCGAUGCCCAGAUGCCCCAUGCAACAGCAUCGUGUCCGGGCGUUGUGCCCAGCACACACUUCUAGCCUCUAGGCUAGAAGUGACACACACACAGCUGGUCGCAGUCUUCCCCACCAUGGUGAGAUAUAGAAUAUCUCCAUUUAAAUCAUCGCCAUUCUUUGUAAAUUGGCAUCUGCACAUUUUAAUGUGCUCUGCAACACAGUUUCCCACAUUGCUUUACCAGAUCAUAAAGAGGCAUGAUUUGCUAGAUGCACAUUUUCUCCGUGCAGCUGGGCGACUUUUGCCAGGAUGAAUAUGUGAGAUGUUUUGCAUGCUGGGAGAGUGGAACUGCCCCCAAGCCCAGCCUAGUCCAGCUCCCCCUGAAAAGAACUCCAGCUGAACUCUAGACAAUCAGGGCAACAAUUGCAGCUGGCAUUUUGAAAGCUGUGUCAUGCAUUUUUAUUACUUUAAUGUGCUUAGGAAGAAUUGAAUUGCCCUUUUGCGUCUUAAUGUCUUUAUUCAAGGGUUGGGGUUGGACUGGGUUGGGAGGGGGACUGUAGCAUAUCAGCAGACUAGUGGAAAAGUGAUUUCCCUGAUGUUUUUAUAGAAAGCUGUCCAACAUGGGCCUGGAACAGGAGAGUCUUGCCGACUGCUGUGACUCAUCCUAGCCUAGGAAUGGUUGAUAAGAUUGGAAGAACUGCAAUUGUUGGUGUUUUAGAUCUUAGAGUCAUGCAAAUAUGGGUAAAAAAGGUGAGAUAAAAUCUAGGGGCAGGGAGGUAAAACUAGUUAUGAUUCAACAUAAAUGACAUAAGAAACAGUUCACACAUGGUGUUUUAAUUGCUGUUGGUUCAGUGUAUUUGGUCCAUCUUGACAUCUGUCAGUGGUAUGUUAGAACUGCUUCAGACGUCAAAAAGCUGCUGUUUUUGUAAAAAAAAAAUCCAUCUUUUGUUCUUACUUUGCCUUCACACCAAAUACGUCUUCCUGUAGGUGAUGUGCAAAAUUUUGGCUGAAUGGUGAAUGAUUCAGGCAGCAAAAGGGUAAUUAAUAAGGCAGCUCAGCACUAAUACACCAUAAUGUAUUGGGGUUAGCACAGAUCUUUUGGUCUACAUCUGCUACCAACCCCAACUAGCAUGCUAAAUGGUUAAGGGUGAUUGGAGUGAUAGUUCAUUACACUGGCUACCCCAGCCAUAAAGGAUAUGGAAAAUAAUAUGUGUUAUAUCCUUGCUAAAUGGGACGCGGGCAGCGCUGUGGAUAAAACCUCAGCGCCUAGGACUUGCCGAUCGCAUGGUCGGUGGUUCGAAUCCCCGCGGCGGGGUGCGCUCCCGUUGCUCGGUCCCAGCGCCUGCCAACCUAGCAGUUUGAAAACACCCUUGGGUGCAAGUAGAUAAAUAGGGACCGCUUACCAGCGGGAAGGUAAACGGCGUUUCCGUGUGCUGUGCUGGUGCUGGCUCGCCAGAGCAGCUUCGUCACGCUGGCCACGUGACCCAGAAGUGUCUGCGGACAGCGCUAGCUCCCGGCCUAUAUAGUGAGAUGAGCGCACAACCCUAGAGUCUGGCAAGACUGGCCUGUACGGGCAGGGGUACCUUUACCUUUUAUCCUUGCUAAAAGGGUAAACUAUCGCACAGGUACACUCCAACUUAGAUUUGCAAUGAAGUGCAAUAUUUAUAUGAGAAUACAGCCCCAAAGAGUGAACAUCAGAAAUCCUCCUAAUCCACCUAGAGCCAAGAUGGAAGAUCCUUUUUGUUCACAGAAUAACUUCUUUGUCCAAAAGUGGGGGCUUGAGCAGGGGCUCACCUCCUUACUCACCUUUUUCACUGAUGACACUAUGUGUUUUGGGGCAGAGGUAGCCGUGUCGCCACACCCCUCAGAAACUCUUGCCAGUUGCUAGGCACCUUUUUUUGUUUUAACCCAAGUGAAGUUUGCUUCACACGGUCAGGUUAUGCUUUCUCCUCUGUCUAGUUGCCAAAAUUCCCACCCACCUUUCCGUGUGAAACAAAAGGUGGAAAAAUCAAGAGAGACUCGCAAAAAACAGUAUUGUAUUUUCACAUCGUUGGGAGCUUUCGGUGAAGGGUGGAUAAUAAAUACUGUAAUGUAAUGGUUCUAUGUAUUCUCUCUCUCUUUCUUUCUUUCUCUUUCUCCCUUCUCAGGCUGGAUACUUCCAGCUGCCUGAUGGAGAUUACUUCAUUGAACCGGUGAAGAAAUAUCAGUCAGGAGAAGGCCCUUAUGCCCAUAUAGUCUACAGGGCAAAUGUCUUUCAGAAAGCUUUGCGGAAACGACGAGGCACCUGUUUGAAGGAGGAACAGACUUGUGGAGUGAAUGGUACACAUUCAAAUCUUUUUAUUUUAAUGCCUUUUCAUUCAAUAACCCAAUCCCAAAUAUCUUAUCUGGAGAUAAACUUGUCCCCAUGGCUGUUUCAUGAAGCAUCCGGCAAAAAUACUCUAAAAAUCUGGACUAUUUUGAAACCAGUCAUAGUUUCCCUCAGAGAAUCCUGGGGGUGAUAGUUUGGCAACAGUUGUGAGGAGUCAGAGUUCAGUUUUAUGCGACUUUGACAGUUAAGGAGGUUUUAGAUUAGUUAGUGUAGAUCAGGACUGGGGACCCUUCCUGAUUGGGGGGGGGGACUCCGGUUCCCAUCAGCCCCUGCCCAGAAUGGCCAGUGUUCAGAAAUUAUGGAAGUUGUCAUCCCAUCCCUUAUAUAGAUAUGCCAGAAGUGAUAUGAGGAGUGCCUGAAAGAAAGUCACUAAGUACAACAGGUUUCUUCCUAUGGUUUUGUCCCACAUUCUGUGGUAUAGUGGGGCAGUGGGGCAAAUGGACUAGAGACUAGGAACAUCAGGGUAAUUGAAAGUCCGUGGCAAGUGAGUGAGAUGAUAGUAAGUCUUUUGUGCAUGCUUGUAACAGAUUAGCAUAUGAAAAGUCAGAGAAUGUAGGGGGAAAUUAUGCAAGGCUAGGUACUUCUUUCCUUUUCUUUGAUGAGGUUCCCACACUAGCCCUUUAAAUGAAAACACUUCAUUGCAAUGCUGUUCACGUUUCUAAUUCAAAGUGAAAGGUGGCUUUUUAAAUGGCUGAAGAUCUUUUGUUAAAGCUCAGUAUUUUCUACAAGUUGUUCCUAUUGUGUCAGAAGUAAGGGCCGUUGAGUUGAAUGGAGUUUACUCCCAGGAAACUAUGCACAGGGUUGCAGUCAUGCUGAUCCUAAUAAACUGGAUAUUAAGCUACUUACUGCUGCUCUUCAGUGUGCAUGUAUAGGGCUUGGCUAUGGGAGCUGUCACAAUAUGCUCCUGCACUUCAAAGCAUGCAGAACCCCUGGAUUAUAGGCCAAACAGGACCACAGUUAGAAUGGCCCUUGGGGUCCCCUCCUGCCCAUGAGCUCCUUGAUGGGAAACAGCAGAAGGGGAAGGGCUUUGAUGCCCUGCAAAGCAUAGGCGACUUUAGGCCAGCCAGUGUUUCUCAGCCUGGCCUACCUCACAAGGUUGUUGUGAGGAUCAAAUGGGAAGAAGGAAAACCAAGUACACCAUCUAGAGCGCCUUGCAAUAAAGGUGGGAUAUAAAUGAAAAAUAAAUAAAGGCAGCUCUUACCUUUGUAAGAGGAUCAAAUGUGUUCCUUGAAAAUAUUUAAGAAGCUCUGAUGCAUCUUGCAGUUGCAUAUACAGUGGUACUUCGGGUUAAGUACUUAAUUCGUUCCGGAGGUCCGUACUUAACCUGAAACUGUUCUUAACCUGAAGCACCACUUUAGCUAAUUGGGUCUCCCACUGCUGCCGCACCUCCAAAGCACUAUUUCUGGGUUAGUGGUGUCUGUAACCUGAAGAGUAUGUAACCUGAAGCGUAUGUAACCUGAGGUACCACUGUAUGCCAUUUUCAGGAUGCCAUCACAUUUUGAAGUUUGAGGGUUUUGGAUAGUCACCGGCAGUUGAGGGUGCAUAUUGAACUUCUGUUUACUGUUGGGGCUCUUUUUUUGCAAGGUUACUGAGUCCUCCCUCCCCACCUUUGCACAAUCUGAACAAGUAAAGGGUAUUUCAGAGUUGUCGUUGCUUUAUAAACUCUACGGCACUUUGUGACACACAAAUGGAGUUACUGAAAAUUAGAUCUCUGCCUCUGUCUCCAUGCGUCCGGGAUUGUGUGUCUCUGCAUAUGUCAAGGGGGUGUUGUGUGAUUGUAUGUGGUUCUGGUCCCACCCAACAAUGCUUUCUACUGUAGUAAUGGCUGUCAGCAGUCUCAAAAAGGUUCCCCAACCCUGCAUGACACCAUUGUGGGCUAUGCCGUUUGUGCUCUGGAUAAAUAUCAACAGAAUCGUAAUCACCUGCUGUGGGGCUCCAGAUAUUCUGAAUUAAAAUUCAGGGAAUUCCAAACAUGCUGAAUUAGCAUGCCUGAUGUGCCCCAAAUCCUCUCCCUGGAAAUGAUUUAAGAAAGGGGUAGGUCUGUAUGCAAGCUAAAGAAAAAACAGGAGGUGAUCAUGCAUGACAGGAUAUUCUUUCUUUUUCUUUUUCUAAAAUAACUGGAGAUAAACAAUAACAAGCAUCCAUAAAGCAAUGUCUGAAACACUAGGGUUUUUCUGUGCAGAAUGGGCUCGGCAGCUCACGAACCAUUGACUUUUGAUGUCCUUUUGCUCACAUUCUGAAAAGUUCAUCUUGCAUUUCCUGAGAUAAUUAUCUAGUUUUCAUGGUUACUGGGCCCUGCUUUGAAUGGACAUUUUCGGAAUUGCUAAAGCAUAGGAAAUGAGAUUCACAAAAAGUCACUUAAAUUAUUAUAAUUUUUUUAAAAAACCAAAACUCCUGUGUGACUUCAUUAGAAUAUGCUAGGCUGUGGUUUGCUUUCUCCCCUGCUCAUGAAAAUGAUAUGAGAAAUUGAGUCAGUUACUUGAAAGCUAAACGCCCAGGUGGCACAAAUAUGCCUACCGAUUAAGAAAUAUUGAAUUGUGUUAAAUGUGUGCUCCACACAGCAAUCUCUCUCUUUUUAGCUAGGAUCCCCAGAGAGUGAGCCAGACUGAGACCAUGAUGGGUGUGUGAAUGUGGAGUGUGUGCACCAGCCUUUCCCUUCUGCACCAGAAAUUGUCCCUGAAGGGAGCCGUAAAUCCCACUUUGAGCUCCCUGGAGAAAAAGCUGAGAUACCUCAGUUGGUUAGAGCAUGAUGCUGACAAUGUCAAGGUUGCAGGUUUGAUCCCCCUAAGGGACAGUUGCAUAUUCCUGCAUUGCGGGGGGUUGGACUUGAUGAUUCUCAGGGUCCCUUCCAACUCUCUGAGAUUCCAUGAGAUAAGUACAACAAAUCAAGAGUAAUUAAAUAAUAUGAUUCCAAGUACACCCAUGGGCCCCAAAAGUUUGGCGACUCCUGUUAAACCAGACUUUAAGUAGGACAUGUAGCCACCCUCUGUCACUCUAUCAAAGGAAGACAGAGCAGAAGGAUCAAAGAGGCAUCCCAGUUGCUUCCCAUAAUAAGGAGGGCAGGAGCAUUCCUGCUGUGUAUCCAGUCAUCUGUGGCACCAUCCAUGGUGUGGUGCGUUUCUGGAGAGUUUGGAGCUCUGUUCCGGCAUAUUUGUGGUAUGGUUUAAGCUAGGCAGCGGUUCUCAACCUGUGGGUCCCCAGAUGUUGUUGGACUACAACUCCCAUCAUCCCUGAGCUCUGGCCUUGCUAGCUAGGGGUGAUGGGAGUUGUAGUUCAACAACAUCUGGGGACCCACAGGUUGAGAAAGGCUGAGCUAGAGGCUCUUCUGUUUUCUGCCCCGCUCCCAUCCUACUAUGCUUGAAUUCAUAGCACAAAACUCAGCCACAACCUUAAAAACUUGGCUGGGGAAAGUAGAAGUGUGGUAUGCACAGUUCAACACACUGGAUAUUGUCUGUGCCGUUAGGCUAUUAUGCUCCUGUAUUUGAGGUCAUUUAUUCAAAUGCAGGCACUCUGUCAUUGAAGAAGGGAAAAUCACAAAGCUCCAGUCACCCUUGUGUGCGAAAAUGAGUAGUUUACACAAACUAUUAAAAAGAAGUUAUUAUCAUCGAGAAGCAUUCUUCAUGUGUUAAGUGGGCUGAUUCAUAUUGGUGUGAUUCAAACCUACCCUCCAUCAAAAAUGAGUUGUCUACACAAAUUACUACUAGGCCUACACAAUGUAGGAAGAGCAACAACAUGCCCUUUGCCGAGUGCUUAGGUAAGGCAAAGUGUCAAAAUUCUGGGUUUUCUGGUUCAUUCCGUAUUAUGGUGUCUAGAACCAUUAUGCAAUUUCUUUUUUAAUGGGGAAGUGAAUGAAGAGUUCAAGUAUAGAGCUGGAAGCCAGCAGAAGUUAUCUUUGUGGUUUGUUUGUUUUUGUUAAUGAUGGAGAUGUGUAAAACCGAACAAUGAAACUUGUGAAUCUCAGGCCUCUUAAAUGUCCCAGAUUAUCUGUCAGGGAGGUCUGUUACACAAAUGAAUUCAAAGGCAGAAAAUUCACCAGCAUCACUUGCAGGUUAAAAUUUUUCUCCAUCCUCACCCUCUGCCCCUGCACAGUCCUCUCUUGUCUCCUAACUCAGUAUACGAUAGGUUGUUCAACCUUGAAAUUCAAAUCUCCUGGUUUCUUGGUGAGAGGGAAGGCUUGGAGUCCACAGACCCUAUGAUCCCCACUUAAUGGCUCAGCAGUCUGCUGGUGAGUCAAGGUGGGAGAUAGCUCUUAAUCUGCAUGCAGGCACUGCGUUCACACUUGAGUGGUUCAUGCCCUAUGCAUUUACACAGUUCUGAAAGUGCUUAGCUUUCCAGGGUGUACCUCAUUGAUGGAGUGGGGAUGUCUGAUAUGAUCUCAGGGUCCAGGUAGGAUCACAUGACCUUUUCCUCCCUGUUUCCUUCCUCUGUCUUGAGCACCUCAAUGUCAGGAACAUGGCCUCCCAGAGCGCAGGGGAUGAGUUAGACUCAGAGAUUGAACUAAGUGAACAAGGGUCCGACUCUGCAGAUGAGAACUGGCUGACAGAAUUGAGACAGGGCAGCUCGAGCCCCCUUCACAGGGAAGACUCUAUUAACUCUCAAGAGGAGGAGGAGUUGGAAGGCAGCCAGAACAUUGCUAGGCAACCAGCAGAUAAGAAGAGGUCUGAGUCUGUGUCAAGUCAGUGGGGAGUAGGAGGGAGGUCAGCCUUUCAGUACCCGUUCUAGGCGUUUGGAUAAAAUCAGAAGGCAGCGGAAGGGCAAGAGGGGAAAGGCGGGAGUCUGGUGUCCUUCCUGCUGUGGGAAAGGCAAAACUUCAGACAGAUCAACAAACGUAAAUGCGAGCAGGUGAGAAGCCAGGUUCUGGAUGUGUCUUUUUGUAAAUAAACAUACAUAAAAUUGCCGGAGAGUCAUGAAUUCUUAUUUGAGGCUUGCUUGCCUGCCAAAGAUCAUUACACUCAAUCUCGAAAGAUAAAGUGACACAGUAGAGAAGGAGUGCAGCUCUAGGACAUUUCCAACCACACAAGCAAGAGCAAUGAUAUCAUCUGCUGGAUUGAGGCUGUCGGGUGUAAUUGUGAGAAAUAAGCAAAGAGGGCUGUCAGGGAAUGGGGAAAACAAUCAAGCCACAAUCCUCCUCUUUAAUAGAGGUUCCUGUUCCAUGUUUGCAGUUUAAAUGGUUACACAGCUCUGCAAGAUGGUUUGGAAUUCUAAUGGAAAGGCAAAGGUUGCGGUUUAGUUCAGGGGUGUAGCAUGGGGGGGUGUGUGCCAGAGAGGCCAUGGGACUGGGCGCAGAUUUUUGAGGGAGCGCUCCUCUCCCGGGCCUUGAAGGAACCAAAAUCUGUGGAGAGGAGCUCUGGGUUGGGCUCAUAUGCUUGGCUAUUAUGCCACCGCACAUCUUAAACCAAGUUUGAAGCAGAUUUAAAUUUGUAGUGCAGAUACCUCACACCCUCUCACAAAUGAGGACAACAGUCCACACACCCCACCAUCCUAGGCCUAGGAGGCUCAGAGGACCCACUGCAAAUCCUGCCUCCGAUUUAUGAAAUACUUUCUUGUUAUUUUCCUCCUUGUACGUGAUCUAAUAAAAACCCUUCAUCCAAGUUGUCCUGAAAUUGGCAUUGAGCCAAAUCUGCAGCAGACAGGACACGCAAUUCUCUUUUCAAAUCAUUUCCACCCUCCCCUAGCUAAGACUCCCCAGCUCCUUUGGGUCAAAUUCCUUCUGAAUUAGUCAUGGACAGAAUUAGUGAAGGACAGCUGUUUCACCCUAAUUGCCUGGGGAAAUGGAAGUUUUGUCACUCACUGUAGUUGGGCUCCACUUCCUUCUUUUUUAAAAAAAAUUCUCUUGCCAAGAUAAACAUUAAAAAUGGCAAACUGGUCUGCCGAGUCUCACUUGGAAGGAAAAGAGAUGAUCAUCAUCUGUAAGGAGGAUAAUCAGUAACUGUAUAUCUUUAUCCCAGUCCAAAUUUUCGGGAAUGUUUGCAGAAACCUUUUCACUCAACAGGAAUGGGGUCAAGUCCCAGAGCUCUACAACCAGUGGUGAAGUGAUCUGGGGUCAAAGACCUUUGACUGUUUCUGCAGCAGGGUCCCUGCAGGGCCACUAUCUCCACUGUCUUAGAGUUGCUCAAUCAGCAUGAAAGGGAAAACAUGCUUAGCCAAAGCUAAGCAUGUCGGAAAACUGAAACACAUUUACGUUUCAAGCGAAUGGUGUGAAAGUUCUGUUAUGUAUGAUGGAGUGUCAUGGGAACUUCAUGUAAAACACAACUUAGUCACUCCAAAAUAAUAUAUUUGCCCAUAUAUUUGUAUCUCUUGCUGAAAGGAAGCACAUGCAGAUGUCCAUUAAUUGCACAAUCUAUCCCUUAUUAUCGGGACGCGGAUGGCGCUGCGGGUUAAACCACAGAGCCUAGGACUUGCCGAUCAGAAGGUCAGUAGUUUGAAUCCCCGCAACGGGGUGAGCUCCCGUUGCUCGGUCCCUGCUCCUGCCAACCUAGCAGUUCGAAAGCACAUCAAAGUGCAAGUAGAUAAAUAGGUACCGCUCCAGCGGGAAGGUAAAUGGUGUUUCCAUGCGCUGCUCUGGUUCACCAGAAGCAGCUUAGUCAUGCUGGCCACAUGACCCGGAAGCUAUACGCCGGUUCCCUCAGCCAAUAAAGCGAGAUGAGCGCCGCAACCCCAGAGUCGGUCACGACUGGACCUAAUGGUCAGGGGCCCCUUUACCUUCACCUUAUCCCUUAUUAUCAAAUAAUUGUACAAUGAUAAGGUUAUUGUAUCAUCUUAGAAGGGGCAUGGCGGUGACUAUCAGGCAGAAUGCCACUCACUUUGGCAUCUGGUCCCUGGAAGGUUGCCCAGAAGGGAACCUGGCCCUCAGGCUGAAAUAGGUUCCCCUCUCCUGCCCUAGAGUAUCAAUACAUCAACAUCCAUAUUUCUUAAAUUUCUGAUAGAUGAAGCACAUUGUUUGGGGAGGUCAUCCCAUGUGCUACUGCAGGAGCUUCUGUGCUCAGAGCAGCAUUGGGGUUGAGCGAUUGGCCGCACCCUGAAGUGAGCCAGGGGCUGAGAACCAGAAGCUGGGGGGACAAGUCAGCAGUCGAGCACUCAAAGGGCCAAGGCAGGAGCAAGGAACAAGCCAGGGAUAAAGGAUGAACCAAGAGAAAGUGUUCAGGAGUAAGCCUGGAGUCCCAAAAAUUCUUUAGGAAAAGGUGCUAAGCGUGUUGUUGUUGUUUAGUCAUUUAGUCAUGUCCGACUCUUCGUGACCCCAUGGACCAGAGCAUGCCAGGCACUCCUGUCUUCCACUGCCUCCCGCAGUUUGGUCAAACUCAUGCUGGUAGCUUCGAGAACACUGUCCAACCAUCUUGUCCUCUGUCGUCCCCUUCUCCUCGUGCCCUCCAUCUUUCCCAACAUCAGGGUCUUUUCCAGGGAUUCUUCUCUUCUCAUGAGGUGGCCAAAGUAUUGGAGCCUCAGCGUCAGGAUCUGUCCUUCCAGUGAGCACUCAGGGCUGAUUUCCUUCAGAAUGGAUAGCUCUGAUCUUCUUGAAGUCCAUGGGACUCUCAAGAGUCUCCUCCAGCACCAUAAUUCAAAAGCAUCAAUUCUUUGGCGAUCAGCCUUCUUUAUGGUCCAGCUCUCACCUCCAUACAUCACUACUGGGAUGGGGGAUCCCAAAACCAGUGGGCAUGCAAUGCUGGCUUUUUCAGGUAGCAUGGAUGUGUGGGGUGUGAUGAUCUCUUAUUUGAAUGUCUGGUAUGUGCAAGGGUUCGUUUCAGGCAUAGAAACACAUUGUAUGAGUCUGUUACCAUGAUGCUGUUCCCUCUGCACAUGUUCAAUCUGUCCAAAUCAUGUCUGCAACGAGCUAAGGAACCCAAAGGUUUUUCUCCCCCACUCUAGGCAGUGGGAGAAGGUGUUGUGCGAGUUGUUAAAAAGGAACCUGAUUACAGGUCGCUGGGAAAUUAAUGAGUGUACACUUCACAAUAUUUUCUACUCCAUUCGGUCAUCACCACCAUCAUUAUCACAUUGUGAGAAGAAAGCAGGAUGUUCCUUGAAAUUAAGAAGAUGAUAGCAUGUUGGAAAUUAGAAGUGCCAGCAUUCGGGAUGCAUUUUCAUCAUCUCUGUUUUCUUUGCAAGAUUACGAGUUUGAUUAGCUGCGCAGAAGCUCUGUCAUCUUCAUGAAAAUUGUUACAAUAAACAUAUGAGUUCCCUAUACAAUUUCAGCUUUCGCUGGAACAAUAUUGAAACGACUUUAAUUAUUCUUCCUUGCAAGUAUUAUCUUUCCCCAUCGUUUCUCCCUUACUGUUUGAAAGUCAGAAAAAUGGCAAAAGAAGAGUCUCUGUAUAAGACAGUGUUCUGUGGUGUGUGGGUGUGGGUGGGUGUUGUUUUUGCAAAGCUCACACACUUAAGACAGCCAGAUGUGACAGACACUGCUUGUUACUCCUGUUGCAGUGAGUGAAAGAUUUGCCACAAACUCCUGUCACAUCCACACCAUGCAUCCAAAUCACUCUUAUACCACUUUAACCACCCUGGAGAAUGCUGGGAAUUGUAGUUUGUUUAAGGUGCUGGGAACUGUGGACUUGUGACGUCAGCACCCUUAACAAACUUCAGUUCCCAGCAUUCUUUGGGGGAAGCCAUGACUCUUAAAGUGGUAUAAGAGUGCUUUCAAAGAGUCAUAGAGUUGGAAGGGACCCCCAAAGGUUUUGUAGUCCAACCACCUGCAAUGCAGGAAUCUCAAGCAUCCAUGACAGAUGGAUUUGAUAUCCCGCUUUAUCACUACCCGAAGGAGUCUCAAAGCAGCUAACAUUCUCCUUUCCCUUCCUCCCCGACAACAAACACUCUGUGAGGUGAGUGGGGCUGAGAGACUUCAAAGAAGUAUGACUAGCCAAGGGUCACCCAGCAGCUGCAUGUGGAGGAGCGGGGAAGCGAACCCGGUUCACCAGAUUACGAGUCUACCGCUCUUAACCACUAUACCACACUGGCCAUCCAACCUCUGCUUAAAAACCUCCAAGGAAGGAGAACCCACAACCUCCUGAGGGAGCCCAUUCCAUUGUCUAACAGCUCUUACUGACAGAAAGUUCUUCCUGAAUCCAUUGGUCCAGGUCCUAGCCUCUGGAGUAGGAGAAAACAAGCUUGCUCCAUCUUCCAUGAGACAACCCUUGAGAUAUUUGAAGAUAGCUAUCUUAGCUCCUCUCAGUGUCCUCUUUUCCAGGCUAAACAUACCCACCUCCCUCAACAGUUUCUCAUAAGGCUUGGUUUCCAGACCCUUGAUCAUUUUGGUUGCCCUCCUCUGCACACAUACCAGCUUGUCAACGUCCUCAGAUUUCUCUGCAGGUUUUAGAACUUGUUUUGGUUUCAUGGUAUCACUCUACUGGAUUUUGUUAGGUUUAUAGCUGUUGUUUCUGUGCUUUUAUCUUUUUUAAAAGCUUUUUAUAAUAAUUGUACGAUUGAUGGUACAGCACCCUGGAACUUUCAUACUGAAGAGCAGAUUGUAAGUGAUCGUAAUAAUCAUUAUUAUUAUAUCACAUCACGCUGGCUUAUAUAAAAGAACUCUGCAGAAUGGUUUGCAUAAUAACACAGGAGGAGGGGAAUGGAGAAGCUAGUUAAAUAACCAUUUUGCUUCCCUAAAAGAUACAUUACUUUACUGGAGGCAAUAUGUCUCUGAAUUCCAGUUGCUGGGAAUCAUGAGUUCUGUUGUUCUUAGGUUCUGCUUUUGGGCUUUCCGUAGACAUGUGCUUAGCCACCGUAAGAACAGCCUGCUGAAUGUCCCCUCUGCAUGAAAUAUAUAUUUAACUUUGUGGUGUUUUGCCUUCAAUAUAUUCUUCCAGUCUUACCUUGCUCGCUGGCCAUUCCAUGCUUUACAGCUGUGCCUAUGUUCCUGAUAUAUCAGAGCAAAAGAUAAGCGGUUUGCUAAACCAUAUGUAUGUGUGUAUCGUAAAUGUCUCAGCAGGCGCCUUUUUCCAUUUUAAACUCCCUUUCAGCACCACCUGACUGCAGGAAUGAAAUGGAAUGUGCUUCUGCUACUAUGAUACUAAAAAUAUUAGGCCAGAUUCAACUAACGUAUUGCACACUAGCAGAAGUCAGAGCAAUGGGAUGCCCCCCUACACAAGGGUAACUGUAAACUCCUGCAGAAAUGAAGGAAGAGGGAAACUAAUGAAGUUAUCCAUAGAGCUGCAGGGAUGACUUUUGUAGAUGAGUACAUUACAAAUUGGGACGCAGGUGGCGCUGUGGUCUAAACCACUGAGCCUAGGGCUUGCCGAUCGGAAGGUCGGCAGUUCGAAUCCCCGUGACGGGGUGAGCUCCUGUUGUUCAGUCCCAGCUCAUGCCAACCUAGCAGUUCGAAAGCACGUCAAGUGCAAGUAGAUAAAUAGGUACCACUCCGGUGGGAAGGUAAACGGCAUUUCCGUGUGCUGCUCUGGUUUGCCAGAAGUGGCUUCGUCAUGCUGGCCACAUGACCUGGAAGCUGUCUGUGGACAAACACCAGCUCUCUUGGCCAGUAAAGAGAGAUGAGCGCCGCAACCCCAGAGUCAUCCGCGACUGGACUUAACGGUCAGCGGUCCCUUUACCUUUACCUUUUACAUUACAAAAAGGGCUUCUUUUCUGCAGCAGCUGAAGAGACAGUCAUUCCGGAAUCCUGUUCCAAAAGGGGGAGGGAAAUGAGCCAGUGACCGCUCUCUCCCAUCUGUUGUUAUCUCUGCACCAAAGUCCAGUGAUUCAGCUUUGUUCCAUAUGUUGCACACAUGGCAUUGUAUCCCAAGACAGGGGCACUUCUGCCCACUGGUUUUCUCUUCCAAACUGGUUUCCAGAAUAACAUUUCAGGUUUUAGAGGAGAUGGUUGCACACUCUCUGAGGCUGCCUUGAAUACAGCUAUGCCCUGUUCGCUUAUAAAGUUGCCUAGUGUUGUGUUCGCCACACUAGGCUGCUCAACACUUCAAGAGUUUUCCUUCCCAAAUGCCUUCUGUCGGCGAUGGGUCUACAUGGCAGUGCUGCCGUUUUGUAUGUCUGUGUGCUUGCUUCUUUGUUUUAAAGCCCAGAUUUGGAACCAUGGAAGCGUUUUAGGAAGUGGACUGCAAGCUAUGAAAAGCCUCAUCAAUUUUGUCAGUCUACACAGAGAUAAAUUCAUGCACGCUGUGAUUACAAUGGGACAAGGAGAAAAGGCACCAAAUGUUGCAGAGCGAGCAGGAUCCCAACCUCUCCAUCCCUUCCUUCCCCUGGUUUGCCGUGUCCUUCCCACCCCACCCCUCCAACUGAAUAAAGGUAAAGGUAAAGGGACCCCUGACCAUUAGGUCCAGUCAUGACCGACUCUGGGGUUGCAGCACUCAUCUCGCUUUAUUGGCCGUGGGAGCCGGCGUACGGCUUCCGGGUCAUGUGGCCAGCAUGACUAAGCCGCUUCUGGUGAACCAGAGCAUCGCACGGAAACCUUCCCACCAGAGCAGUACCUAUUUAUCUACUUGCACUUUGAUGUGCUUUCAAACUGCUAGGUUGGCAGGAGUAGGGACUAAGCAAUGGGAGCUCACCCCGUCAUGGUGAUUCGAACCGCCAACCUUCUGAUCAGCAAGUCCUAGGCUCUAUGGUUUAACCCACAGUGCCACCCGCGUCCCAAACCCAAUAGCCAGUCAGUAAUCUCUGACCCCUUUGUCUUCCUCCAUUUGUUUAUUUGUUUGUUUAUACAUACCGUUGCACAUUUUGGGGGUUCUCAUAAGCCUGCCUAUACAUCUGGUCACUUCAGCAUUAUAAAUUUGAAAGCACUCUUGUACCACUUUAAGAGUCAUGGCUUCCACAAAAGAAUCCUGGGAUAUGAAGUAUAGUUUAUUAAGGGUUUCCUAACAACACUCAGCAGCCUUAACAAACUACACAAACUACCCUUAACAAACGGCAGCUGACGCAGUGCUGUGCUCUUACCUUUCUAUAGUAGGCUAGUUCCUACACACAGCGCAGUGUCCCUGUUUUCUAGGGACAGUCCCAGAUUUACAGAAGCCGUCCCAGUUUCUGUUUUAAUCCUGGAAUGUCCCUAUUCCUUAGGACGUCCCUAUUUUCACCGGAGAAAUGUUGGAGGGUAUGGAGUUAUGUGACUUCCAAGCUAUGGAGAUAAAUAACUAUACAACCUUUGAAAGACAUCUGAAGGCAGCCCUGUAUAUAGUGAAGUUAUUUUUUUUUAAUUUUUAAUGUUUUGUUGUGUUUUUAUAUAUGUUGCAAGCUGCCCAGAGGGCUGGGGAAACCCAGUCAGAUGGGCAAGGUUUAAAUAAUAAAAUUAUUUCUAUUGUUGUUAUGGACCGCCGACCUUCUGAUCGGCAAGUCCUAGGCUAUGUGGUUUAACCCACAGCGCCACCCGCGUCCCAGUUAUGGAACAGGGCGACCCUAUUUUCAUCAGAAAUGUUGGAGGAGGGUAUCGCAUUCCCCUUUCUGUUCUCCAUCUGGGCAAGCAAGAAGCAUUAUCAGAGUUCAAUGACAAAGGCAGUCAAAAGCACUCUACAGGGCUGGGGAGGGGUGUGACCAGGCAGAGACCAGUCCUAGGGGCCAAACAGAGAUGCACGGAGGCUUGCAUUCAGAUUCUGAAUGCACUGAGGUUCCCCAGCCCUUUAGUACACUAACUUAGCUUAAUUUAUUAAAUGUGAGAAACCAGGGGGAAAGGCUUGGGGGGCGGGAAUCUGUAGAAAUCACUGCCAUAAAACUAUGAUUCCCCCCUCCAAUUUGGAAGAGCGCUCGCACGCAGGCCUGAAGGCAGUUACCUUGCAGAUAAAACUAGCGAGCCCUUAUUUUUAUUUUUAAAAAUCAACUUCAUUAUUAAAGGAAUAUGAACAGUUCCCCUUCAUCACCAGAUGGCUGCUUAAUUGCAAUGCUGAUAUACAAUAGCUACCACAUGCGCAGCUCCCCGCAUUGUAUAAGCCCUGAGAUAUGUGCAAUUUGUGUUUUCAGAUUUGGCCCUUGGCCUCACAGUCUCCGUUCAGCUCUACGCUGUAUGGAAAACCAUGUGGCAGUUGGAAACCAUUAUAGACAAUUGAUCUCGGAGCACUGACUCAUUGGGCAAUAUGUUAAAAUGAUUUUGAUUCUAAAUAACUCCCGGUGACCCCUGCUGCAAAAUAUGGCAAAUGGGUGGUCAUGUGGGGAAGAGGUGGCUGUCUGGAGUGUUAGAAGCUUUCAGCAGACUUAAAAACACCCCCAGGCUUAACAUUUAGCAUUUGGCAAAUGAUCCCAGCCCUGAAGCCAAAGGCUGUAGUCAUCAGGAUACCUCCUACGUAGUAUUUCCAAGCGCUUCAGAGGCUCUGCUCCAGGCUAAACGAUUUGACAAUCGUGGACCAAAAAAAAUUUAAAAUAUUUUGCCAGGAACACAGAAGUUCUUAGCAGCUGGCGGUAGCUGUUCAGGAUAUUUAAGUUUCGGUCCUGCGCCUACCUGAUUGGGAGUAAGACUCAGUAACCUAAUGGCGGCAUAAGGUAUCAGUGGAAGGAAUUCAACAUAGUUCAUAGUUCAACAUAGUUUUCCCUCCCCCUUAUGCUGGUCUAUGACCACAAUAAAAAUUUGAUUUGAUUUGAGGAAGAGGAUACAUAAAAAGAGGCAAUAAAAAAUGAUGCAUGGUAUGGAGAAAGGCAAUAGAAGUUUUUCUCCCUGUGGGUCCCCAGAUGUUGUUGGACUACAACUCCCAUCAUCCCUGAGCUCUGGCCUUGCUAGUUAGGGGUGAUGGGAGUUGUAGUUCAACAACAUCUGGGGACCCACAGGUUGAGAAAGGCUGGUAGAGUUAUGUGGACAUUGAUCCAAACUGAAUGUUGGAAGAAUCAGACAGAUAAAAAGAAGUACUUUCCCAUACUGUGCGUUGUUAAACUCUCCCAGGAGGCGGUGAAGGCCGCCAUCUUGGAUGGCUUGAAAAAAGAGUUAGACAGAUUCAUGGAAGGCAAGGCUAUCAACUGCUACCAUGGCUAUGUUCUACCCCUAUGGUCAGAGGCAGUGUGCCUCUGAAUACCAGUUUCUGAGAGCCACAGGUGCGCAGAGUGCCUUUGGACUCACGUCCCACUUGCAGGUUUCUCUGAUGUUCUUCUGAUGUCACAUAGAGGCUGGGCAGUACAGAGUCCUGAGACCCUGUGAUGGUUUUGGCUGGCCAACUAUGGGGUCACUAAACUUCACCCCUUCACAUACAGUGGGCACUUAUGCGUUGUCCAAAAUAAAAUUCUUCAAGAAGAAAAGAGAACCAAAUAGGACUCCAAUUUGCAUGAAACUUGAAUAUGGCAAUUUAAAUGUAUAGAUACAAAUUUAGAAAUUGAUUGCUAUAGUAUAUGUAGAAAUAGAAUACAUUUCACCACAGUGAGGGGAAGACCGUGACAAGUUGGGCUGUGUGCCAGUUCAUUUUCCUGUCCAAAUGCUGUUGUUGGGUUACUGUGAAGGCCCCUGAUUUUCCUUGCUAGGGUUAUUUAUUGUUAAAUUGGGCAUUGGACAGUUUAAACUAUUUCCAAAUAGAGAACAGUCCUGUGUAAAGUGAGACACAUAGCCAUCCUCCCUAACAAAGGGUUUUGGGGAAGUAAAUAGAACAAAAUUGUGCUAGAUGGAGUUUAAUGUGAGGUUAAAGCACUCAGUUUUUUUUAAUUAUUAAAACAAUAUUAAAAGUUAAACACUAUUAUUGCAUACUGUAUAAAAAAAAGCCUGUUUAUUUACCUCCUGCAUUUCUCAGUCAAUGAUGCUCAUUAUUAAGCAUUUAUUUAUGAGUUACUGUGACAGCAUGACCUGUCCUCUUGGCAUUGCUGAUGACUCUGUCAGCAAGAAGUCGCUUUGAAAAUAAAGCACACUGGCUGCAACUUCCAUGGGUUCUUUUGCCUUAGGGAAAUUAAGUCACAAGAUUCCACUGCCCCAGUUCUGAGAUUAAUGGGGUGUAAGAGAGUAAAUUUCAGUAAGCUAAGAGCAGCAGAAAUUGGGAGAAUCGGCUUUGCUCUCAGUCUCACAGGUGGUUCUGUGUCUAUGUUCACAUUAGUGGUUUGAAACAAAGCGAGGUCGUCUCCCUUAUUCUCACACUGCUGUGCAGACCAAUGGGCAAGGAUCUCUUCACCCGAUGGCCAUCACUUGAUUUGUUCCCCCGGCCAUCAAAUGCCAAGUCACUGAAAGUGUCGUGUGUGUGGCAUGUGCAACAGCUGCCUGAAAUGUAUACAUCUCAGCUUCACUGUGACUUCCUUUUUCAAAUCAGAAGGAAGCUGGUUUGAGGGAAAGAGUAUCCAACAGAAUUUCUGAAGAAGCUAGAGGAUAUCUACAGAUUGUGGCUUAUGUCAUGAGUACUCAGCUUCAAACACCAGCAGUGGAGUCAGCUGUGAUUUGGACUCAGCCUCAGUGUAAUUAAUUGGAAGAGACCCCAAGGCCCUCUUGUCCAAUUCAGACAUUUUAUAACUUUAGCUGAAUUGCCAAGGAACAAGUACAAAGUUCUUUCUCCCCUUCUUCCAACUGGGGGACAAAGGCUCUCUGAAUAAAGUACAGUGGUACCUCGGGUUAAGAACUUAAUUCGUUCUGGAGGUCCGUUCUUAACCUGAAACUGUUCUUAACCUGAAGCACCACUUUAGCUAAUGGGGCCUCCUGCUGCCGCCGGAGCACGAUUUCUGUUCUCAUCCUGAAGCAAAGUUCUUAACCUGAAGCACUAUUUCUGGGUUAGCGGAGUCUGUAACCUGAAGCGUAUGUAACCUGAAGCGUAUGUAACCCAAGGUACCACUGUAUACACACACACACACACACACACACACACACACAUAUAUAUAUAUACAGUACUACUGUACUUCUCAUUUUUGAAUGGAGACAGCCUGUGCUAUAAUGUGUCUCCAGAUAUGCAAAACUUUCCCUCUCUGAUGGGAUGCAAGUUCAUAAAAAACUAAUGCUACUGAUUACAGCUCCCUCCAUGAAGUACACCAUCCUUUGUUUAGUAAAAUAAAAAAGAAACCCCAGGUGCUUUUCUGAAAAGGAGCCUUGGGAGAAUUCUAAGGUUUGCAGAAAUAGAAAAAAAAAAAUUAGAAAAUGCCUGAUAAAGGGUAGGAAACCUCUACAACACUAGUGUAGCUCAGAAGCAGGCUUGAAGGUGUUCAUCUUGCAGCUUCCAGCAGCAGCUACAGGCUUUCUGUUAGAAAUACUUCUGGCUUACUGAAACUAUAGGCCCACUUCUGACACCAUGUUGCAUCCCUUGGGUUUGGGAAGGGUACUUCCAAACCUUCCAAUGGGUCUGUUGUAAUACUAAGCAGGAAAGCUUCAGUAGUAGUAUCUAUUUGUGAAAAACAGAUCGAGAACUCAGCAUAUCCGCCAGUGGGCAAGACGGAAGGUUCCAACUAGCUCCCACUCAGUUGUAGAGGGAACCACACCCAAAGCAGGGAGGGGAGUUUCAAUUCCAGACCAGGCAUUAAUCUUAAAGAGACAGGCCACACACACAAUACCUAGGACUGAGAAUGUGGAGUCACCACAAAACACUAGCUAUUGGUGUGGGCCAAGGUGGUGGGAAACAGUUAUUUGUUUUGGAUUAUAUAGCUCCGGGUUUCCUGUAUCAAGUUGAGAGGGUAGACUAGAAGACAUAUUAGACACAUGGACACACACCAAUUCUUUGAUUCUAUGAAAAAAGCAUGGCUUAAUGUUGCUUUCCAGCAGUAACUUCAUGAUUAUAUUGUCUCUGGAAUGAAAGAUUCAAUUUAUGUUACUUUGCAAAUUAUGUGAUGUUAUGUCUUUUAAAGAAUAUGCAACACUAAUGAGAAAAAAGGGUACCAAAUGAAAUAUUUGAUUGGGCAGAAUUGACAUUAAAGAUCAUUAAACCAUUACAUGGUUACAAGUUGCCAGUAGAAAUCUUAUUAUGACUGAUCACAGGGACUUUUUGUUCUACAGCUUAUACGUGCUAAGUCAAAGCUGUUCCUAAUGCAAAAUAUGAUUGCUAUCAAUUACAUCUAAAUGUUGUGGAUGAAGUUGGUAUGUGUGCUUUUAAAAAUAAGCCCCUAUUAAAACCACAGAGGCUAUUUUAAUCAUGUGAUUUCAGAAUUGGGGGGGGGGGGAAUCUACAGGCCUUUCCAACUAUAAUUUACAGGUAAUUUACAGCUAUAAUUUACAGGAUAAUAACUGGAGCAAUCACUGUCUAAAGCAGGUAUUGCUCCAGCAAGGGCUCCCUGUGGGACAAUGCAGUUUCCCAGCUCUCAAGCCACAAUUUGAGCAGUUCUUAAAUUGAAUCUAGAGGCAACCUAUGGUUCCUGGUACAUUUUCAGACAGAAAAGACAGAAAUCUUGUCCAAGUUUCCAGCAGAUGCUGAAUAGAUAGACUGCUCUUCGGUUUCACAUUUUGGAAUGAUAUUUUGGUGUUUUUCUGUUUUGGGACAGGUUUUGUGCUCAAAUAUUCAUAGUAGGGAUGGAGAACCUGUAGCCCUCCAGAUGUUGUUGGACUACAACUCCCAUCAUCCCUGAUGAUUGGCCAAGCAGGGUGGGAUGGAUGGGCACUGGAGUCCAACAAUACAUGGAGGGCAAAAGAUUCCCUAUCCCUGGUUGAUGAGAAGAUACCCCAGCGUUUUGAAAGUCCUUUCUAAAACACAAAUGCCAGUUGUCUGCUCUGAAAUGCCAGGCAUUCCCAGAAAGUAAUCCAUGUAUUGUUUUGAGCUCUUUUUCUCCGAGAGAAGGGGAAAAGCAUCCAUUUCUUUCUGUAACAUAACAGUAUGCCUACAUGGGAAAGAAGGUCAAUGCAUUUUGUCUUCCAUUUUCAGAAACUUUGAGCUUUUUCCAACAGCAAGAGCUUCGUAGGGAGAAAUGGGAGAGGAACCGGGUGACGGGGAGAGCCAUCUCCCGCCGUUCUGUCAGCAAAGAACGAUGGGUGGAGACGUUGGUGGUUGCUGACAGCAAGAUGAUUGAAUACCACGGAAGUGAGAAUGUGGAAUCCUAUAUCCUCACUAUCAUAAACAUGGUAUGUAAUGUACAGAAUGCGGAAGCGAGGGUGGUAACAGGGUCCACACCGUAUGAGCACAUAGCCCUGGUCCUUUCUUGCAUUUGCUGGCUUCUGGACCCAACUCAAAGGACUGGUUUUAACAAUAAAGCAUUAUAUGGCUUGGGACCAUGAUAUCUCUAAAGCAGAAUUCCCCAGCUGUUACGUUCGCAAUGUUGUUGGACUCCAGUUCCCAUCAUCCCCAGCCUUCAUAGCUGACAGUCAGGGAUGGUGGGAGUUGUAGCUGGGGAAGGUAGGCUUUUGGCUAUAAGUUCAAAGUCCACCCUCAUUGCCAAUUUAUUAGGGACUGGCAGGCUUCCCGGGGCAGUGAGCAUUCGACCGAAUGACUCCUCCGGUCGAGUCCUCUGACAUGAUUAAUGACCUGAGCCUCUGAUAAGGCUCCAAGCACGUUCCCCCAUUGCGCAGAGUAUCCAGCACAGGGAAGGACGAGAAAUAUGAGCUACAUGCUAAGAGUUUGAUUACUAAGCUACGCAGACAGAAAAGAAAUACAUCCUCUCUCUGUGAGAGCAGAGAGCGACUGAAAAACAAAGGAACAGGAAACCAGUAACAUCACAUCCGUCUCCUGUCUUCCGUGAGACUUCCAACAAUCUGUAAUGUCUCUGGAAUGCAAAACAGAGAGUUGUGACUCCAAGAGCACUGCACAGUGGCAACACACAGAAACCAACAUCGGGGUCCCAAUCAGGUUGGGAAAAGCUGAGCUAAAAGAAUGCUCCUUCCCAUAUGUAUAUCUACCCAUGUCCUCAGCUUAUUGAGGGAAGCUGUCCUUCAAGGGCUCCCUCUAAAGGAAAUUUGGAGGAUUGCCAGAAGGGAGUGGGUUUCCCCCCCCCAAUGCCUCGCCCACAAAUCUGUGGAAUGAUCUCCUUUCUUCCUGGCACCAUAUCUUUUUUGUGGGGAAAGGACUAUAGCUCAGCAGUAGAGCAUAUGGUUUCAAAGCAUCACAGGAUCGUGACAAAGAUUAUUGAAACCCAAUUUAUGGCCUGGUUCAGAUAUAAGAGUGCCAGGCUGAUAACUUGUUUUAUCUCCGGUUGUGAGCAAGUUGGUGGGCAGGAUGUGAAAACCCUGUUAAUGUGUCCUGUCACUGGUGCUUUCCUUCAAUGGACAAAUGUCCCACUUGUCUAAUGGAUUACUUGACCUUGACUAUCCCUGUCUCACAUGAAGUGAAGAUUGCCUGAACUAGCUCUGACAGGAACGCAGCCAAGAGCCCUUAGUAAUUAAUCCCUUUUCAAUGCAAUGCAUGAAUGCUAACAAAAUGUCAUAACUCAUGGUUAGAACUUCCUUGUCAUAAAAGAAACGAAUAAGGCAGAAUCAGCGCUCAACUGCACAGGGGCACUUCCAAACAUAAUUAAUGGCGUUCUGAUAUGUUUCGAUUUUGAUUGUGUAUGAAUUGUGUUUUAGUGUGUUGGAGGCUAUCUUGUGAGGGCAAAAAGCAGCCUUAAAAAAUCUUUUUAAAUAAAGUCAGCAAUUAAAGCAGGGAUGAGGAGCCUGUGACCUUCCAGGUAUGGUUGAACUACAACACCCAUCAUCCCUGACUACUGGAUGCUGUCUGGGAACUGAUGGGAACUGGAGUCCAUUAGAGCAUGUUGCUGAUAACGCCAAGGUUGCAGGUUUGGUGCCUGUAUGGGACAGCUGCAUAUUCCUGCAUAGGAACUCUACAAUUCUAUGAAUUUUAUACUAGGAGGGCCACAGGUUCCACAUGCCUGCAAAUGAGAACAACCUGCUGCAAGCUCCCCCUUGAUUUCUGCCAUUGAGACUGAUAAUGCUAGAACGCUUAUUCAUACAGCUGCACUGCCCUCUGCAGUAGAUUCCAGAAUUUAUUGUAAUUCUGACCGAAUCAAGUGUAGGCGAAUAUUCCAGAGGGCAUUGGAGGAAGUGGUGAGCCAGGAAAGGUUUGUCCAUCCAGCUUUUGCAAAGGCUAAAUCUGGGACAGGGGAACAACCCUAGCAUGGUCUAGCGGAUGUUUGUCUGAUCCAAGUGGUCACUUGGUGGACCUCAGUAAUAUGUGGCAAGGUCAAAAGUGCCUCUCCUAAAAAACACAGUACAUUCCACAAGCAGUGUUAGAAACUGGGGUGGAAAAACUAGGAGCCAAAUGGCUUCUGGGACGUGGGUUGUGGGUGCCAAAACAGAAUGUCUAGUCGCCACUGAGGGGGCGGCAACACUUUCUGUUUAUUAUUUUGAUAAGCAUGCAUUAAUAUGCAAUUCACAAGUGACACAUUGUCAAGAUCACAUUUUUAGUAGAAAUUGUUAAUACAUGUCUAAUUUGGUGUUUACAAUAAAAAAUAUUGGUACCAUACUUUGGUUUUCAAAACACUCCACUCUUUAUUGUUAAACUCCUUAACAUAUUGCCUAUCCUUAACUUAUACUUCGAGGCUUCAAAGCAAAUACAUUUCAGGAAUCCUUGAGUGUGAGCCAGGUGCAAAAACUGGCACCCAGACUUUUUGAUGUCCUCGCAGAUGGAUCACCUUUAGGCGCAAAAUGUGCCUGGAGCCCUGCUAAUUUCGAACCCUGCCCACAAGUAUGUAUGGAAUGAGGCAGUCCCUCAAGCACCUGGUCACACGUUCUUUAGGACUUUGUUAACACCAUCAAGAAGACCUUAAAGCUGGUCUGCUAUCAUACUAUAUAUAGGCAAAGACCUAUAUUUUGUUACUCUGUGCUGUGCCAGACAUAUUUCUGAUGGUGCUAUGGAAAUAGAUCAUCAUCAUCAUCAUCAUCGGGGUGGUGGGGGCGGGGAUAUUGCUGCAGAAAAUGAAUUAAUAAACUUUAUAUUGUCUGGCUUUGCCCAGGUGUCUGGCUUGUUCCAUGAUCCAAGCAUUGGCAAUGCAAUUCAUAUUGUGCUGGUUCGACUGAUUCUUCUAGAGGAAGAGGAGGUAAGACCCCCAUGUAACAAUUACAUUUCAUGGACUUUCCUCUUAAGAAAGAAAGUUUUUGAUAGACUUCAGAGAAGGGGAAGGAAGCCAGACAAAAGCAGGCUUUUUCAGUGGCGGCACUGGUGUUCUAGAAGGCCACUGGACAUGCAAGCAUUGUGGGAUGCCACCAGUGCUGUGGAAAGUUGUUCUGUUGUGUGUUUUAUUGCUUAUCUAUAUUCCAACAGCUGGACAAAUAGGUGUUUACCAUGAGUGUCUACUGUGUUGCUGCUUUUGUGUAUUUGAGUUUUUAAAAAUUAUUUUUAGUGUAUAUUGCCUUGAGAUGGUUGUUUGGAAGGUGAUUAAUAAAUCAGUGAUCAUGAUGUCAAUGGUGAUGAUAAUUUAAUUAUAAAUGUGUAUAUUUUAAAUGUUGUGUAAUUGUGUUAAGUGUGGUGAACUGCUUCUCUUUCAGUGAUGAUGAUGAGGUAAUACUACUACUACUACUACUAAUAAUAAUAAUAAUAACAAUAAUAAAUGCUUUUCACAUGACUUUCAAGGUGAUUCCCUAUUCCAUGAUUGAGAACUUGAGGCCCUCCAGAUGUUUUUAGACUCUAAAUCCCAUCAGCCCUAGCCUCAUAGCCAAUGGUCAGGGAUUAUUGGAGUUUUAGCUUAAAAAUAUGUAUGUGUUUGUUUUCCUCAGAGCUUGACCCUGGAGAGGAAAGAUUUGGAUUGAUUAGGGAACAAUGUUUCCAAAUUGGUUCCACGUUGUUCUCAGCAUGUUCGAAGGCAUUCUGAAAAAUUGUGCUACAAGACUGCAUAGCUGCUAAGAAUGUUGCAUCUUUCUUAACCCUAGAAUCGUGCUUCAAUUUUUCUCUGAUUUAGGGCUAAUGGUUGUUUCAAAACGGAAAACAAUGGGAAACAUUUUUGUUUGACAACUUAUUUAAGCUCUUCUGGUGUGUGUGGGUUUUUUAAGAGUUGUGAAGGCCUCUUAAUGUGCUGUUUUGCUCUUUUUGUAUUUUUUUGGUAUUCCUUUUCCAUUGUUUUCCAAAUGACACAGUUUUAUCUCAACUUUCUGGACUCAGUAAACAGCUAUCAUAAUUACGUCUCUCGCUUCACGCAAAAGCACCAUUUGUUACAUCUAAAUUACCUUACUGAGCUUGAUAAUUAAUGUAGAUGCUAUUAGUGUUCUAGCAGUAUAAUUAUAUAUUUUUUAUUUCCCUCUCUUUAGCAAGGGCUGAAAAUAGUUCACCAUGCAGACAAGACCUUAGCCAGCUUUUGUAAAUGGCAAAAGAGUAUCAAUCCCAAAACUGAUGCCAACCCACUGCACCAUGACGUGGCAGUCCUUCUUACCAGGUAAGAGGAUACUGUGCCAGAGACACCAUGUUUGAUUUCAUUUUUUAAACUAUUAUUACUUCAGUAAGAGAGGAGACCAAAUAUAUUUCAGUAACAGGGUAAGAUUCUCAGCAGGACUUAAAUGCCCACUGUAGAAUUAUUAUUUUUGGAGGCUUGGAAGUUAGACGAGUCAGGGGUUAAUAAAGGCCAGUCCUAUCAUUAGGUAGAGUGAGGAAUCUGCCUCAGGUGGCAGUUGCGGGGGUGGUGGUGAGAUGGUGGAGGACACAACUGUGUGUGCCAUGAAGCAUCUCCUACACCACUAAGCUGCUAGCCUGUGGCCUUAGUUACAGCAGAGGAUGUUGUCUACCCAGUUGGCUUCUGCACAUGUCAUGGGAGGACAGCAUCUUGUUUUUCCCCUUGGGCAACAAUUUCCGCCCUCCCUUCCCUACAGGUGGGCGGGGUUUGCGGCACCGAGCAGGGGCUCACCUGGACGGGUGCCUCCCACCUGCUUGGGUUGGCCGUUGACCUGCCCUCGGCCAGGAAGGACAAUGGACGGCCGGCCGGGGGUGGGGCUAAGGCCAAAGAAAAGAGGCCAGCCCUUUUGACCAAGCUUCCCAAGCGGCGGCGUUUGCAGGGCCUGUUAAAGGGCAAAAACCGGGAGUCCCUGGCCCUAGAGUAGUGGCAUGUAGGUCAAACUCCCGGGCCGAGGUUAGUGGAAGGGCGUGCUGUGUUAAGUUUGUGUUUUGCAGUCACCUCUCACUGCACCUCAUCAGCCUGUAUAUCCUUAGCCAGACGGGCUGAGAGGGUUACUUGCCAAGGCCUGUGCCAAGUUUCCCACUUCUGAAGCUCAAUAAAGUUGUGGCCAAUCUGAACCCAUACUCUGGUCUCCUGUCUCAUUCUUUGGGCCAUAGCUGUCAACUUACAGAUUUGAAAAUAAGGGACCAGCAGCCUUGAAAAUAAGGGGCCAGCAGCCAAAAUAAGGGACCUGCAGCCUCACCUGUUCCAGGCACUCCAGUCUUCCUGUCCUCCUGCAGUCUGGUCAAACUCAUGCUGGUAGCUUCGAGAACACUGUCCAACCAACUUUGUAACCAGAGGUUCAACUGAAUAGAAUCUGAAUCACAUGCACCACAAGGCCUAUGCAGCCUCAACUUAAGAUGGCUCUCCGGCCUGGCUUUGCACUGCAAAGUUUGCAGCAGUACGUGCAACAAAAUGGCGUCCAGCAUUCAAAAAACCCCUCAGCUUGCAUUAACUAGCUACACACACACAGCCUCCCCCCCCCACGAGAUCUCCUUUCCUUCCCCCCCCCAUGUGCCCCCGCUCCAGACAGACCUUUUUGCCGGCAAGGGUGUGUGGGCCGUCGAUGACGUAUCCAUCUGAUUCUGAUCCGAGCAUUCAGCACAGGUAUGUUCAACUUCUGAGCCCCUCUGAGCCAAAGGCAGAAAGCCCAGCCAGCAGCCAAAUGAAGCCUCAAGGAAAACCACUGUCACCUCUCCGCUGGGAAGCGCUGAGCAAAGGCGAGUUCCCAGGGAACGCAGCCGAUUUGAUCAGCACAAGGCACAAAGCAUGCAAGCUCCACCCCCAGUCGUUCUUAGACUUCUUAUUGGGUGAGCAACACAGCCAAACAACGCUUCCUUUGAAAUUUAAGGGACAUCAUUUAAGGGACAUCCAUCAAUAAGGGACAGCAGCGGGACAUGGCGCUGGAAUAAAGGACUGUCUCUUCAAAUAAGGGACACUUGACAGCUAUGCUUUGGGCGGAAGGGGUAGGCACCAAAGACAGGGUUUAGCACGUGUGCCCGCAAAAUAUAUUGGGCUGGCCCAGUAACUUUUGGAGAUUAAUAGCCCAGGAAGUAUCUCUUUUGUUAAGGAAAUUACAGGGAAAUGGCCCAGAAUGACUAGGAAACUGGGCUGGGUACCACUCCCUCCCUACUCAUCUCCAGGACUUCCUCACCAUCCAGAAGCGGGAAGCAGAUAGCAGUGGCUUGGAUUCUCAUUUUACUCCCAUGAAGGGAAUAGAGUUCACAUCCACAGGAAAGGGAUUCUCGACUUCCUCCUUCCCUGUGUAGCCCCCUGCACCUCCUGAAUAUGUGUGCCUGGGGUUGGGGGACUUUGGGGAAUGGUGUGAAAUAUGACACGUGGGAUCCAGGUGGAGGGAAGAGUUGAAAGAAAUCAACACACUUUCAUGAAUGGAGGGGCACCAUAGGAUGCAAGCCAGCUUCCCCUUACCUGGCACUCUCCAAAUGUUACAAUGCCCGUAACCUCUGACCAUUGGCCAUGCUGGCUGAGGCUGAUGGAAGAGCAUAUCAUGUCAUUUGAAGGGUGCCAGGUGUUGGGAUGCAGCCAGGGAAUCAGGGGCAAUUGGCAGGCCCCCAGCAGGCCCCCAGCCCACCGGCAAUCUCGAGUCCUUGGAUCAGCAUGAAACUGCGACCCUAGCUCCAGCCUACAGAAGCUGGACACGCACACUCAGCAGAGUAAAUAAUGCUGUACAACAGAAGUGGCAGGGAGAGGCUGUGUUGGGCAUAUUUACAAGCAGUUUAUUCGGCAUACAUCAGGACAAAAAGAAAACAUAUCUGAACUCCCUCUUGUCCGAAGCAAGGCAGCAAAAGCAAAAGCUAUACACAAGCAGAAGUUCCCAGCAAGCUGUGCUGGAGUGUAAACAGACAUGUGGCACACAACAGUUUCAUGCCUGUCCCUUAAGGUGGAGUGGAAUAUUCUAACACCAGGUUGGGAACAGGUAAUCUAAGACAACCUAUCUAAGGUCCUAUUAGUUCUACAUGUUAUUUCGCUUCAUUCUGUUGUCCUUCCAGCUUUAUGCCAGUUAGGAGUUCAGUUUCAUUUGGUCUUCUGUUUCUUUCCUGUCUGACCUUUGCUUCCUUUCUCUCUAGUGAAAAAGAGACUUGAGUGCACGUGAGAGUCAGUGUGGUGUAGUGGUUAAAGUGUUGGACUAGGACCUGGGAGGCCAGGAUUCAAAUCCCUACUUGGGCCACUCACUGGCUGUCAACCCAAGUUUCCUCACAUGAGUUGUUGUGGGGAUUAAAAGACCAGCAUCCUGUGGCGUGUUGAGGUCCCCAAGCCACCCCAAAUAAAACACAAUUCACACAAAAUUUUUGUUUACGGUUUUUGGCAUAAUUUUGGCCACAACUUUAUUAAAAUACAGCAAAUGUGAGUAGUUGCCUAGGCAUUGGUUGCAACUAUCUGACCCUGCACAGGGACAGACUGACAUUCUCACACCCGCGAAGUCAGAAAGGGAAAACAUGGAGCUGGGUACCAUGCCCUCACCUCUCCCCAAAUGCUCCCAGGGGCUCUUGCGUGGCCCUAGCCCCUUGACAGGGGUUUGGACAAAAGCAUGGUGAGCCCCUGGAUUCCUUUAAUGGUCCGAUGCGCGCAGCGAAAAGAGGAAGCUCAACACUGCGUGCAGGGAAUAUAUAGGCUAUGGCUGUCAAUCACAAAAUGGCAACAUAUAAAUCUCCCCAACAACAAGAAGAGCCCAGUCGUAAUGGUGGUCAACACUCUUUUACCCGCCCAGCAACAGUGGGGUGUCUUGUUAGCCCCCACCACAACACGUGCUCUCCAUGAAGGAGAACACGCUUUCUCACACUGGCCAACCAGGUGCCUCUGAGAAGCCUGCAAACAGGACUCUCCUCUCCUGUGUUUUCCAGCAACUGGUAUUCAGAAGCAUACUGCCUUUGACAGUGGAGGGAGAAAAUAGGAUGUUCUCAUUUGAGUGCAAAAUUGAUGUGGGGAUAUUUUACAUGGAAAAAUAAUUCCUUCUGUAGGAAGGAAUUAACCGCCUCAGGCCCACAGUUAAUAAGGCUGAUCCAAAACAUUUUGGUGCUUGUUGUAAAUGCAAAUGAUGUAUUUCCUUGCCUAGUGACAUCAACAGUUAGCAACGCCUCAUAUAACUGACCCUGUGUCCUGUUGCUUAAUUGGACCCUGAAUCUGAAAGCUGGUGCAGCAUAAUGGAUAAGAGACUCAUCUGUGUAUCGAAAGAAGCCCCCAUUUUUAAAACCGUUUUUCAUGCCUAACAAAGGUAGACAUACAGUGGUACCUCAGGUUAAGUAAUUAAUUCAUUCCAGAGGUCCGUUCUUAACCUGAAACUGUUCUUAACCUGAAGCACCACUUUAGCUAAUGGAGCCUCCUGCUGCUGCCGCCCCGCCACAGCACGAUUUCUGUUCUCAUCCUGAAGCAAAGUUCUUAAACUGAAGCACAAUUUCUGGGUUAGUGGAGUCUGUAACCUGAAGCAUAUGUAACCUGAAGCAUAUGUAACCUGAGGUACCACUGUAGUGUCUCUGUUUUCAGUUCAUAGAGUCCUUUCUAUAGGUCAGUUCCAUCUGGUUUGAGACGCUGCUAUUAUAGGCAUUGUGAAGUUGUGGUGGGGGAGACAGGGGGAGGCAGGGGGAAGAGAAGGGGGAUAGAGACAUUUCCUUCUUUUGCAUAGUGCAUAUGCAGAUUUUUUUUGUCACGGCAUCAUGUUGAUAGGUUCUUUAUCCGUUCAUUUACGGUAUUUAUUUUCAUUGGCAGUGGAAGAGAUUGGGGAGCCUAGUUGGUUGCAUUUGGUUGGUUGCAGCGAGUUUUGUUUGGGGGAGUGGAGUCAAAUUAGCCAUAUCAAUUAGGAUGCUGUCAAGGAGGAUUAUGUUGUUAUCUUGUUGAUGCAUGUUCACUCCUGAAAGGUCCCUCCAGUAAAUCUUGCCUCUGCUAUGAACUCACCUUUUGCAAGCUGUUCUCCCUCAGCCUCACCCUACCGCCAUCCUUAUUUUAUUUUAUUUUAUUUUACUUUAUUUUAUUUUUUUACCCCACCCAUCUGACUGGGUUUCCCCAGCCACUCUGGGCGGCUUCCAGCAUAUACAAAAACCUAAUAAUACAAGACAUAUUACAAACUUCCCUAUACAGGGCUGCCUUCAGAUGUCUUCUAAAGUUUGUAUAGUUACUUCUCUCCUUGACAUCUGAUGGGAGGGCACUCCACAGGGUGGGCACCAUCACCGAAAAGGCCCUCUGCCUGGUUCCUUGUAACCUCACUUCUUGUAGUGCUGGUGCUGGAUAUCAGCCCUUGGUAUGGGGUCUCAGUGUCUGGGCUGAACGACGGAGGUGGAGACGCUCCUUCAGGUAUACAGGGUCAAGGGCCGUUUAGGGCUUUAAAGGUCAGCACCAAUAAAAGCAGUGAUCUAUCUUACAGGGUUGUUGUUAGGACCCCAGCAAGAUAAUGCAUGUGAAGUGCUUUGAACGCUCAAAAGCACUAUAGGGACCCCUGACCAUUAGGUCCAGUCAUGGCCACCUCUGGGGUUGCGGCACUCAUCUCGCUUUAUUGGCCGAGGGAACCGGCAUACAGCUUCCGGGUCAUGUGGCCAGCAUGACUAAGCCGCUUCUGGCGAACCAGAGCAGCACACGGAAACGCCGUUUACCUUCCCACUGGAGUGGUACCUAUUUAUCUACUUGCACUUUAAUGUGCUUUCGAACUGCUAGGUUGGCAGGAGCAGGGACCAAGCAACGGGAGCUCACCCUGUCGCGGGGAUUCGAACCGCUGACCUUCUGAUCAGCAAGUCCUAGGCUCUGUGGUUUAACCCACAGCGCCACCCAUGUCCCUCAAAAGCACUAUAAGUGUUAACUAUAAGCUAAGUGUUAAGAGCGUAAUCUAUGGCCUAAUCUGGUUAGCUGCAGGACAACCAGAAACACCACACACACUAAGAACAUAAGAAGAGCCUGUUGGAUCAGGCCAAAGCCCAUCAUCCUGUUCUUGCAGUAGGCACCCAGAUGUCCUGAGCAUAAUAUUGCUCUCUUCGUUUGUGAUUCCCUGGUAUUUAGAGACAUACUUCUUUGAACAGUGGAGGUAGCCACCAUGGCUAUUAGCCAUUGAUAGCCUUUCCUUCCAUGAAGGUAUCCAUCUUUCUUUCUUUCUUUCUUUCUUUCUUUCUUUCUUUCUUUCUUUCUUUCUUUCUUUCUUUUAAAUAAAUUUUAUUAGUAUUUUCCACACAACAACAACAACACCACGAAAGAUAUCGAAAAAUAACAAUACACAACACACAAAAAUCAACAUUCAAAAACUAAAGAAAGCAACAACAACAAAACAAACAAAAAACCCCAAAUCCAUAUCUUACAAGUUAAUAUUAUAAACACUAAAGCAACAACAACAAGACAUUGACUUCCACCAAUCCCACAGCACCUCCUUUGUCUCUCAUUGUGUUUUCCUGUUUUCUUUAUCAUCUCUAUCCUAACAUCUAGAUAUAAAUCCCUCUUUCAUAUCCUUUCACUUCACAAGGUUAUUCCAGACUCAGCCAGAUUUCUGUCCUCGAACCUUGACUUUUGAGGUAUCCAUCUUUAUAUCCAUCUAAGCGCACACUUUUAAAGCCACUGACUAGUACAAUCACAAUCCUGAUGCUUUCAUUCAACCCCAACAUUCCCAAUUAUUCUAAUUAUCUGCUCAUAUAAUAAGCUACUCAUAAUGCUAAUCACGCUAAAUCGUACUCAGAAGCAAUUUUAUGAGUGAAACUAAACAGAACGAAGCACAAACACUUUUGGAAACACACAAAGCCCUUUCCAAACAGAACAAAACACAAAAGCAAAUAUUUUUGGUCCUUACCGCUAUUGUCUGCUUGCUAAAAAUCGCAAGCCCUUCAUUGCUUUCCCAAGAACAGCACUCGUUAACGAUAAUUGCAUGCUUGUGAAUACUGCCAUAAUGAUCAGAAAUCUGUGACCUUGUUUGCCCGGGUUUUAAUUUUACUUUUUAGACAGUGCCGUGUGCUGCUUGCAUUUCUCAUUUAGAGUAUUAUGAUUCAGCAUCUGAAAACAAUUUACGGUAAAAAGUGGCAGUGCUCAGAAUUAAAAGAAAGAUCAAACUGGACCACAUACUGCAAUAGCAGGAGGAACAUAAGGAGCUUGAACAAACACAGAAAGAGAAGGAGGAACUGUGUUUAAAUCAAGGAUGGGGAACCUGUAUCAUUCCAGAUGUUUUGGGCAUCAUCCCCAGUCAGCAUAGAGGUGGUCAGAAAUGAUGGAAGUUGGAGUCCAGCAACAUCUGGAAUGAUACAGGUUCCCCACCCAAUGUUUCCAAACUUGGGUCUCCAGCAGAAUUGGACUACAAUUUCCAUCAUCCCAGACCACUGGUCCUGCUAGCUAGGGAUGAUGGGAGUUGUAGUCCAAAAACUGCUGGAGACCCAAGUUUGGGAAACCCUGGGUAGAAUCUACACACAUGUAACAACCAUUUUGAAAAUGCUUUUUUUAAAAAGCGUUUUUAAAAAUACAUUGAAUUUUCCAUAAGGCUCACCAUUGACUAUCUAGUAUCACAUUGUAUAUUGCACUUAAAACAUUUUAUUUGCAGCUGUAUAGCUGAGUCCCUGGUUUAGAGUUUGUUCAUUGCAUGUUGAAUAUAUGUGAACACCCAUGCCGUUUUAGCUUCAUUUGUAUAUUUAAUAUACUCAGUUAUACAUUCAGUUAUAUGUUCUGGGUUCAUUUGUGCACACAAAUGGCUUUCUUUAUCAUUCUUUAGCAAACAUGGAAGAAACCAGAAGUCAACUUCAGGCUUUUGAGUUUAAGGCUUUAGAUAAGUGAAUGGAUAAAUAGGAAGUUGCACGAUAAAUAAAAGAAUGGCAAAGUUGUCCAACUAGCUUGAUAUGCUUGAUAUAGAACCUAAAAUCAAUUUCAGUGACAUAACAUGCAAAAGCAAAGCAUCCUUCUUCAUGUCAUCAAUCAAUGGGGGUGUUGGGCUUUCUCAGAUUUCAUAUAUACACAGGAUGGUCUUUUGUAGCACAUUAUUGGCCUCUGGAAAUAGCUUUCAAGAAUUGUAAAAAGGAAGCAAUCAUCUUAUCCUGGGUCACAGUCAGACAGGACUGAGAGGGAAAUGUCCUUUUAUGCAUUCUAACAAAAGCUCUUGAUCUAUCUUGAAGUUUCGUGGGAGGGAUUCGAUUGCAUACUGGCAAAUUCAGGUUGCACAGUUAAAGGUGAUGUGGCACUCUUGCACAGCUUAGCACAAACACAAAGUGACAGGAAAACGUGCUGAAAAGUGUGGGAUAAUUGCUUGGUAUAACCUCUCUGCAAACAACUCAGAAUGAAUAUUCAAAUCGAUAGUCAACUUUGUGCAAAAUAAUCAGGAUGAAUGCUCAAUGAAAGAUUGCCCAGAAACAAUCUAUGUGCUUUUCUAGCCUUGCAGGAAGGAAGGAAAGAGUUGGUAGCAGAGAAGUGUGUGUGUGUGUGUGUGUGUGUGUGUGUGUGAGAGAGAGAGAGAGAGUUUAAGGGACAUUGGGAGAGUGGUUUCAGGCUUUGCUCUGUUGCAAUUUGUUUAAUGGACAAGGGGAGUAUGCUGCUCCCCUUAAGAUGAGACGACAUUUCUGCUUUGGAUGUGUAAUAAGCUUUCUUGUGCAGUGUUUGUCACUGUUUAUUGCUUCUCAGGGUCUGCAAAUGGUGCAACUGACUUCCAAGCAGGGACGGGGGAAGAAUUCAGUUCAGCUUGCAUUUCUAAAACAUUAUGAGAACUGAGCAUAACCGUUCUUCAAAGUCUGCACUUCUCCAGAUUUUGUAUUGCAGUUCUCCUGUCAAGUACCAUGUACAAAAUGCUUGUGCUAGGGGAAAGUGUGUGUAAUGCAUAGGUAAAGGUAAAGGGACCGCUGACCAUUAGGUCCAGUCAUGACCAACUCUGGGGUUGCGGCACUCAUCUUGCUUUAUUGGCUGAGGGAGCCUGCGUACAGCUUCCGGGUCAUGUGGCCAGCAUGACUAAGCCGCUUCUGGCGAACCAGAGCAGCGCACGGAAUACCGUUUACCUUCCUGCCGGAGCGGUACCUAUUUAUCUACCUGCACUUUGAGGUGCUUUCGAACUGCUAGGUUGGCAGGAGCAGGGACCGAGCAACGGGAGCUCACCCCGUCGCGGGGAUUCGAACCUCUGACCUUCUGAUCGGCAAGCCCUAGGCUCUAUGGUUUAACCCACGGCACCACCCGCUUUGUAAGAAUGCAUAUGUUAGUGAAAAUAACAUAGACAAUUGCGUUAUAGAAGGGUAGAUUGCCUGACAAAUGCAUCCAUUAAGGGAAAAGUUGCACAAAAUGUUGAUGAGUUUUUAAUGAGGGCUUUAAAAAAUAUUCACAAACCGAUGUGGAGAACUGAACGGAGCAGUGGAGAGAUGAGGAACUGAAACAUUCAGAUUCACCCACCCCUGCUUCUGAGACUGAGCGUACACAGGAUCAUGCUACAAAGUUCUUUUUAUUUCACGUAUUUUGCUUUGCUCUCAGGAAGGACAUCUGUGCUGGCAUGAAUCGCCCAUGCGAAACCUUAGGCUUGUCCCAUCUCUCUGGAAUGUGCCAGCCUCAUCGCAGCUGCAACAUCAAUGAAGACUCUGGCCUGCCUUUGGCAUUCACAAUUGCACAUGAACUUGGACACAGGUAUGAAAACUGUGGGAGUCUAGAGGACGUCAAGUCACAUGAUUAACCAGAACUGAAAUAGCAUCGAAAGCUCUUACAUUCUGAGGAGGAAGUAUCAGAACUUUGUGAUGGUUGUAGCAAGGAGGUCUAAGGUCAGGAUAAUGAGUCAAUACAAACAGCAGAAACCUAAAGGCAGGCACUCGUAUAUGUUUUGAGAUUUUUAUGUUGAUAAAAUAAACAUUUCGCCAGAAAAAUGUUUUACUUCUACCUGUGCGAUUUGGCCAACACUGCAAUACUUUUGUAUAUCUCUCAAAGUAAAAAAAGGCUAGUGACCUGCCUAGCUUUAAAUCUUCCAGAAGAUGCUUGAAUGGGCUUUUCUUUGUGUUUCUUGAAUCUUUCCAAUGUCUGCACGUUCUGUUUGUAAUUCAGAAAAUACCUUCUUAGAAAUGGAUCUGUUAGCAUUGAUAAGCAAUUUGUUGUUUGCACUGUUCUAUUCAUGCACUUUAAAAAAUUUAAGUAAAGAUGCAAGCAAGAACAAACAAAAAUUAACAGCCAAUAAUUGCAUUCACUUCCAACCUAACUUUGAAUUUCUUUCAGAAUCAACUGAGUGAAUAUUUAUCUUUGGCACUAAGGCAUUUGUGGGCAUCUUCCUCUGACUGGGGCUGAUAGGAGUUGAAAUCCAGUAACAACCUCUGGAGGGCUGCCGGCUUCCCACCCUUGCCAUGAUGGCAGAGGGAUGUCACCACAAUGGUUGGCAUCCACAUCUGGCCCAAUUGCACAAGCAACCCAAACAGGCUCUUGCGCAAUCUUAUUUCAGGUGUGCCAGUAAAGCACUAUGCAGUUGGACAGCUUCAUCCCAAGAUUCCUUGCAACGCUGGGCAUGUAUGCUGGGCUACAUACAGAAUCAUUCUUGAGUUUCCUGCAGCUGUGCAUAACCCAAGAGAUGUCUCUUUUGACAUCCUCUAUGACCAGGGCCAGCCCUACCAUUAGGCAAAGCGACCUUAGGUGGUAGAUGUUUUGGAGCAGCAGUGAGAGGUCCUUGGCCAUUCCUUUUAAGCCCCCUGCCAAUUCUCAUCUGUUAGAGGAUGUUAGCAGCCAGCAGCAGUUAUACUUAGCUGAUUGCAGCUUCUGGGAGCUUGUGACCAGGAGCUAGUAACCAGGACUUGUAAAGAGGGACAUUUGCAAGGGCAUUUAGUGGGAGAGUUUGAGGGGAAGCCCAGAAGACUUUCUCACAGCGUGCAGGACCAAGAGACAUGGAAGGUGAGGGAGCUGCUGCAGUGACCUGAAAAACACCUCUGUUUUCCUGCUGGAGAACGUGGAACAGUACACCUGUAGCAAGUGUAAAUGGUUGCCUUGCUGAAAGUGAAGGUGUAGCAAUUUGAGGCCCACCUAAACAUCCUCCGAGCUACAGGACUAAAUGUGGAAUUUCUCGAUAGAGCUAAGUGGACUAUGCUGGAACAGCGGCACAGGUGGGGUGCCCCUACAGAGGAGGAAGAUUGCCCAUUGCAUGAGAUGAACCCCUGGAGGAACGUGACACAUUUGUCAUUUGUCAGUCAGCAAAAUUAUAUGUCUAUGACAUUGCCAGGGCUUAUUGGAGCCCCCGAAUUUUGCAGUGUAGCUAAUGGGAGCAGUGGGGGAGGUGAGACAAAUGUCCCGGGCUGACCCUAUUGGUGCCUUUCACCCCAAAUCCUAGCCACUUUUAUUUUGGCUAGAUGUCACCCACAGUUGGUGACUGGAAGGCAGGUCUUAAUGAAACCAACUUUUCAGCAUGCACAGAAAUAUAGCAUAAAAAUGCUGACUUCUUUCACAGCGCUGUUCAUCUUUUGGAAGAUUCUGCUAUGAGCCUUCACCCAGGCCAGCCAGAUAACAGACUUUACACUACCUGAUAACCAGAAGCAAUUCCCCAGCAUAUUUUCUGCAGUACUUGAGGUUAUUUGUAGAUAAGAUAUUCUGGUUUUUUGAAGCUUCCCUGACAGUAUCUUGCACCUGGAUUUGUUUCUCUCCCAGUUUUGGUAUUCAGCAUGAUGGAAAGGAAAAUGACUGUGAGCCAGUGGGAAGGAGACCAUACAUUAUGUCCCGGCAGCUGCAGUAUGACCCCAGUCCUCUCACCUGGUCCAGAUGCAGCAAGGAAUAUGUCACACGCUUCCUAGAGUGAGUCAAUAUGACAGUUUUGCUACAGGGAAAUGGAACCCAUUAAACAAAAUCCUUAUCGCCAUUGCCUUUGAGGAUAUUGCAGCUAUUUUUUUAACUCCAUUACACUGGGUGAGUUUGGGCAUCAUGCUAAACUAUGGUUUAGCAUGAUAACAACAAGCUGUGGUAAGCCUUGGGAACAAAUAGCAUGACAGGCUGUUGUUAAUGGAAAGGGGAAGCGAGACUCUUCCAAACUCCUCCUCAUUGCUCUACUGGAGAAGGAGAGGAGAGCCCAGCAACCUGAGACUCACUGUACCUUGCUUCCAUAAUUUAUUGUGACAUCUGACCAUCAUCAUAAGCACAACCAUUGAUUGCAAAGCAAGCACAAGGGAUAACAGGAGCUAGGUUACCUUCUGACUAGGUACCCCAAUUUAUUACACUGGUAAAUUGAUGUAGAUUAUAGAACCAUAGAAUUGAAGAGUUGGAAGAUACCUCAGGGGUCAUCUAGUCCAACCCUUUGCAGUGCAGGACUUGCUGACAGAUGAAGAUGGAUCUUUGGACACGACGCUUGUUAUUAGCCAAAACACCCAGAAACAGUGGGAAGAGCAUUUUAACCAUAUAUAGUGGUACCUCGGGUUAAGUACUUAAUUCGUUCUGGAGGUCUGUUCUUAACCUGAAACUGUUCUUAACCUGAAGCACCACUCCUCCUCCUUGCUGCUGCAUGAUUUCUGUUCUCAUCCUGAAGCAAAGUUCUUAACCUGAGGCAAUAUUUCUGGGUUAGCAGAGUCUAUAACCUAAAGUGUCUGUAACCUGAAGCGUAUGUAACCCGAGGUACCACUGUAUACAAUUAUUCUGGUGAGGGUUCAGUGAUCAGGUGUUCACCAGUAAUUUUUCCUGAUAAAAGAUACCAGCCACCACAUAGCCCCCAGUUUCAGAGGAUGAAGUUAGAAAGUUUAUUCAGAGUCUUGCUAAUAAUAAGGUAAAGAUAUGACACCCCCCCAAAACCUGUAACAAACUAUUAACUGAUGGGCUCCUGUACUUGCAGAGCUCUAAAAUAAAGAAAAAUAAUAAAUCUUUGGAAGUAAAUUCUGUUAGAAUCCUGGGGUAACAUUAAUGUUUCUUAUUUCUAAAUGAAUUAUUACUGGGGGAGCAUGUAAGGCAAAAGCAACACAAGGAAGUCCGUUUUAUUUUAGUGUAUUUCAAAGAUGUAUAGAAAAGGUUCCAAAGUAAAAACAACCUUUGUGACAUCCCCAUUGCCCUGGAGCAGGGAAGCUGGGGCUUUUGUGCAUCUGCACUGCCAGGAGAAUAAGAUUGGUGGUGGCAGUUCCACUGGUGCAACCUCAUGGCUCCAGCUUCGCCAGUAUCCCACCCUGUUGUUGUUGUUUAGUCGUUUAGUCAUGUCCAACUCUUCGUGACCCCAUGGACCAGUGCACGCCAGCCUAGCCCCACCCAGAUAAGCAGCAGUAACUGUGGUGUCAGACUGGUGUCUCUACUGCCACUCAUCUGCUUCUACUGUGUAACUGGAGAUUAUGGUGACUGAACAUUCAUCUUCUGCAUGGCAACUACAGAUCUGUGGUCCCUCUGCAUGAAGUCUUGAGUGGAGGAGGGAGAACUUGAUACGGAGAUGCUAUUUUCAGCAGCCGUCUUAGGUUUCUUACAGCAUUUUGUUCUUCCCUGGGUGUAUGAAGACUUUUCUCCGAGCUAAAAUAUGCCCAUAUUCUUCAGCUUUCUUUUUUUAUGCGCCAUUCAUCUCAAACUAUUGAUUGUCGUCAUUUUUCUGAAUCAUCUUGUUAGCAGUUUAGCUUAUCAUGUUCUUCCUGGAAAUUUAGCGAGCAAAACAGGAUACUGUGAUCAAGCUGGUGUCUUGAACAGCAAUGAAUAGGACAGUAUUUUUGCCUCCUACACACAGUUGCACAUAGUGCUUCUGUAAAAAUAUCCUAAUGUAGCCAGCACUGGCAGUCUUGUCUGUGGGGAGUCCUCUCAACUCACUUUCCUGUUUUCCCAUCCUUCCACCACUGGGGUAAAGGAGAGGUGAAGGAGAUGCUGCUUCACCACAAUUGCCACACCACGAGAAGCAGGUGUCAGUAUUGUUGUUGUUUUUUAAAAAAACCUCCACAAAUGUUAAUACUUAAUCUCACACCUCAUAUUUAGCCGAGGAUGGGGCUUCUGCCUGGAUGAUGUACCCAAGAAGAAAGAUCUAAAGCCACCUUUCAUUGCACCUGGAGUGAUUUAUGACGUGCACCACCAAUGCCAGUUGCAAUAUGGACCCAAUGCAACGUUCUGCGAUCAAGUGGAUGUAAGUUCAGUGUUGCUUCUCUCCAACACCCCACAUUUUAUUUCAAGGUGGCAACGUUAAUCAUCUGAACCUAAUGGAGAAAUGGAGGAGGAAGGAGGUGGUGACAACAACCUGUAUUGCAGAUAUUAAUAUUGUGCAGCUUGUAGCAAUAGGAUUUGCAACUGAAUACCUUACUCGUGUGAUCUAAAGUUAAACACCUUGUGACAGUGUAGCAGCUGCAUUCUCAGUUAAUUAUCAACCUGUUAGGCACUCAGAGAGCUUUACAAUGCUUCAGUGGAGUUUCCCAGUUGGCAAUACACAUACAGGCAUCUACAGAAUUAUUUCCAGGUCCAUGUACAAUUAAACCAUUAUACAUAACAACCUGCAAGGGGAAGACAUGCCACAAUUCAAUUUGCUGGUAUACUACAGAUACAAGGAUGCUUAAAAAGAAGCUGUCCAUGCUCUGAAUGUACUUUGCGCUCUAUCUUUUGGUUUUGCAUCUCUAUGGUGUAGUGGUUAAGAGUGGUAGUCUCGUAAUCUGGGGAACCGGGUUCGCGUCUCUGCUCCUCCACAUGCAGCUGCGGGGUGACCUUGGGCUAGUCACACUUCUCUGAAGUCUCUCAGCCCCACUCACCUCACAGAGUGUUUAUUGCGGGGGAGGAAGGGAAAGGAGAAUGUUAGCUGCUUUGAGACUCCUUCGGGUAGUGAUAAAGCAGGAUAUCAAAUCCAAAUCCAAAUCUACUGUUUGAUGGUGCCCACGAGGUCACUGGUUCUAGCAGCUUUCUAGGUCUCUUCAGUGUAGCAGGGUUGAGCCUGUUGUUGUUGUUGACAUGCUGGCAAUGAGUGGGGCCAGAGACAAAAGAGUUUUUAGCUUUGAAGGAUUGCAUAGCACUCUCUUUCUCUUAGUCCCACCUCAUGUAUCUCUCACUCCCUGACUCUUUCUUCUUCCUGCUCCUCUCUCUUUCUCUCUCUCUCCCCCACAAACAAUAGAAGAGGAAGUGAUUCCCAAAAAGGUGGUCUGGAGGGCAAGUGCAGGACCUAAGCGUCCAGAGGGCCACAUGAAAUUAGGACAGGUGCCACAGGUUCCUCACCACUGUUUUCACGGAAUGGAAAAAGGACCAUUUGCUCUGUUUAUUUUUAUUCCAUUUAUAUCCCACCUUCCCUUCAUGCUGGAAUUGAGCACAGCCACAUCCAGGGAUUUGUAGGUGGUCUUCCACAGGCACUUGGCCAGACCUCCUCCUGCUCUGCUUCAUUAGAGUUGUGCCAUUGUCUUCAGGCAAUGCUAUAGCACUUUAUUCUAUUUCAGCAUGUAGGGGGGUGUAUUUGUCUCCCUUUGAUUGUGAGAGCUCUUGUUCUUAAAAUACCAGACUCUUAGAUAGUGGCAGGGCAUUUAAUAGAAACCUUACUUUCUUCUGCACAGUAGACCAAAGGGAAUCCCAUCCAGGCAAAACUAGUCCUAAGUUUGGUCUCUGUAGCUCAAUCGUGGGACUAGGUUUGUACUGUGUACGCAUUUGAUAUAGACUCACAGCAACACACAAUCUGUCAGAUGGCUAUAACUGGCAGUGAAGUCAGAUCAGCAAAAUUCUAGAGGAAAUCAUCUACCAGGCUUUCUCCAUGGUUACUAAACCCACGAGGCACAGCAGAUACAAUCCUAGAAAGAUAUGUGCUUAGCUGAGAGGGAAGGGGAGGAGUAAUUCUACAGCCAAUGAUGCUUCUGUUGCAGCUAUGCAAAUGCUUAAUUGGGCAAGGUGUUGUAAAACUGACGCAUGGUUUUCUCAUCCUGUCAUGCAUGUGCCUGCAGUGGAAACAUAAAAGAUGCCUGCAGUUAUAUGUGUAAUUCCUCCCACCCCAUUCCCCAUGCUCACGUAGGUUCCAAAGACUGCUGCCAGCCCAGCAUGAGGUUUUUUAUAUUUGUACAAUCUUGAGUCAGAUAAAGUGCAGUGGGGCAGGUGGGCUUUCAGUCAAUGCCCACAUGUAUGACAUCAUUUGAGUGACACAUGAUUUACCAGUCUCUUCAAGGCUUGAUAAACUGUUGAGUUAUAUACAUAGCAGACCAGUGGGGUCGACUCUGUACCAAAGCUGAGCCCCAACUGUGGUGAAAUUGUCUGGCUUCUCCUAACUGUGAAAAGUAUAUUCUUCAAAUUGUCCAAUGACUUUGUCAUUGUUAGAGGCACACAUUAAUUUUGUAACAAAUGAAGAAUUGAACCAAAUGGUCCCGCUUUCCCUGUGGAAGUGCAGCUGACUUCAAUCUUUUUCUUUCCCCAGAUGCCCUGAAUGGUGUGUUGACCCAGGGCAUUCUUUGGGGGCCAAGGUUUCUUGUAGCAGCUGCCAUCCCUGCUCUCCAAGAACAUUCCAGAGUGGGAGAACUUCUGGGUAUCUGGGAAAGAAAAUGGCGACCACCAGGAAAAGGAAAUGGAGGGGAGGUGGGAAACUCAUGAGCACUGGGGCCAAAUUGAAUGCAAUGAGUGGACAGUAAGAGGAACAUGAAUGCCCCAUAACGAAAACUGAAAUGAAAUGGAUCAUUAUUUAUUACACUAGUUUAUACACUGCUUAGCUUUUUUUUAAAGAAGUCAGAGCAGUGUACAACGUAAUACUACAAUCGACAUGAAAACAAUAUAAAUAGUGCAUGCAGCUAGGGUUGCACUUCAGGGAACAAAUGGGAAAAAAGCCUUAAGCGAGUGCCUGAAGCUUAACCCAGUUGGCAUUUGCCUGAUAUCACUAGGAAGUGAUCAGGCAGGAACAUACGAGGUAAAGCAGUCCCUGAGAUAACACGAUCCCAAGUUGUUGAGGGCUUUGUAUACUAACAAUGAACCUUGUUUGCUAGACAUCCUCACAGUACAGAGGAGCAUUGGCCUUGUUCAUAAGUGGGAUGGAAGACUGAGGAAGAUGAGGGAGCUGUUAGAGGGGUUUUUUCCUUUGGUGGCAGAUGACAGAAGCUAUGACACCACAAGACCGGUGUAAAACCAAAUCAAAUAAAGGUUUUAUUACAAAACAACAAACAACAAAGCAUGUGGGUGUUUUUCCUUGCAGGCAAAGUUCAAACUGCAACUUUUCCUGCUUUUGUAGUCAUGACCAGCUGUACCCAAUCUGCCCAGAGCUCACAGAAACAGUUCUUAAAGGUACAAACAUCUUUACUGUUUCUUUGCAGAAUGACUCCCAACAGGAGCUCCAUGCAGAGUCACGGUGGAUUUCACAGCUGUGACUUAGGAGGGCAGACUUCAAUGUGCAGUUGGGUUUCUGUAUUUGUCCUACUGGACUACGAACAUCAAAUUGCAUAGAAAAGUUGCUUUAGAAUAUUGGCUUUCAAACGCUCUUAACAGGGAGCCCUUUCUAUAUUGAUUUAUCUGACAAGGACCCCCUGCGUGAUUUGUUUUGCAUUUCUGUUCUUCGGCUUCCAGGAAUAUUUGGCAGUGAAUUAAAACUGCACACCAGCAAGAGAAAAAGUGUGCAUCGUGGGGGGAGGGGCGAACCCAACUAUAGACAUGUCUAACUUAUGUAUUCCCGUAGCUCCAAAGUCCCAGAAUCCCCUGCAAUGUGCAGAGGAUGUGAGUCUCAUGGCAGAUGCUCGAAUCAUGGCAAACGGGUCAGUGUGAAAAGUACUGUAUGCCCUGAAGGUAGAAAAUUAGAAAAACUCUGCUUAUACUGUAUGCUUCCUUUUGCUCUUUAUUCUAAUUAUUCCAUUGCAUUUCCUAUGCUUUAAAGCAAAUAAUUUUCUUAACUGGCAUUGUGUGCAUAGCGGAUGAGUUGUUGUUGUGGUUGUUGUUGUUUAUGAAACUUAUUAGUCACCUGUCACCUGAAUGUCUCCAAGUGACUUACUGUAAAGAAAAAUAUACAACUCAUAAUACCAUGGGGAAAGGGGGGGGGGGAAGAAUCAUGUAGUUGUAAGCCCUUGACAAUACACCUUUCAGUAAAAUAAGUGCUUGUAGCUCUUUGCUGUUUACCUCAUUCCCAACAGGCAUGAGUUCCAUUGGCGUGACUGUGCUUUUUAUACAAAGAGUAGUUGAGAGCAGUGUCACCUCACAGCUCCAAAAACUACCAAAUGUGGAAAUUCAUAUUCUUGGCAAAUGAUAACUUUCACAAAAAUGAUACUGUACUUAUUUUUCAUUUUCCCAAAAAACUAAUGGGCACUAAUACUGGCUCCUGACUCACCCCAUCCCAUUUUUGAGAGGGUUAAUUGGGCAAGAAAGGUUUGCUUUCUCCUUCAAAACCAAUGAAAUGCAAGUGUCUGUGUGGGUCCCCAAUGUCCCAGGGGGUAGUAGCUGGUGCUUGACAGGAAAUGAGGUUUAGCCAUUUCCUUUUUUUUUAAUACUUUUUAUUAAUUUUCCAACAUAAAUAUACAGUUUUAAUCCAAAUUUUCACAAAUUCCACACUUUUGGACUUCCUUCAACUUCUCUGACAAUCAUUCAUAUUGAGGUUUAGCCAUUUCCUGUCUUCCAUGACUAGAACUAACUGCAGAGUUUUGACUACUGGGAGUAGGGUAAAGUGCUACGGUUUAAGUAAUAAUUUUACUGAUUUAGGAAGCAUGAUCGACAACGAGGGUUGAGAGCCUAAGGCUAGGUAAUAAUGAAGUUAAAAUUCAGCUGCAUUCUGCAGAAUUUAGUUAGGUAGUUGAUGAGUAAGUAAAACCUCACUCAAGGUUAUUCUACUGGAUCUCAUUAUUUUCCUCAAUUCUUCCUACUUGCUGUAGCCAGCCUGGUGUCCUCCAGAUGUUGUGGACUACAACUCCCAUCAUCCUUGGCUGUUGGUGAUGCUUGCUGGGGCUGAUAGGAGUUGCCACCCGCAACAUCUGGAGAGCACCACAUUGGCUACGCCUGCGAGCAUCAAAUCAAGCCUCUUAAAGACAACCCAAGCUGAAAUAGCCCUCUCAAAAAAAACAAAAACCCCACAAUUCCCUAAAGUCUCAAUUGUUUUUUCUUUACAACAUUUGAGGUUGUCGUUGCAGAAUAUUUGCCAGACAUUGUGGUGCUUUGUGAAAGGUUCCUGCCGGUCGAAACUGGAUGCUGCGGCAGAUGGAACGAGAUGCGGUGAAAAUAAGGUAUCUGUCACAAGGAGAGACCAGGAUGGGAAAUUAUGACUCGGUACCCGACUUUCUUUAUGCUGCAAGAACACAAUACAAACAAAGUGUAUAUAAAACAUCUUUCAUUUGCUAUGUUUUGCAUUCGGUCACAUUCAUAUUGUUGCCUUUCACUCUGAAAGGCUAACCAUAUCAGAUGGUUUUUUCAUUAAGUUAUCAUCUUACAACUGCAUUUAUAUCCCCAAUCUGGAAGGCAAGGAAAUUGCCUUCUUUUCAAAUCAAUGCCAUCUCCUCCAGCAUCAGGGAGUUUGCAUGCCUAGCUCCUGCAGAUCAAAUGAAAGAUAUGCUUUUGGAGUUUCUCCAUAGCACUGACAGCUAGAUGACCUUCCUCUGAGCAAAGCAGAGCUGAGUCUCUAACCAAGCAACAUCCCAGUAGUUGGGAUAGUUCAUUAUUCUGAAAUGUGUCCUGUUUUUCCGGGUGCUUGAUUUGCAGCUCCCAUCACCUUCCCUAAUUCACGGACUCAUUACCUUAACAAGCUCCCUGCUUCUUCAGAAUACCCAAGGCUGCUCAGUGUCUCUAAGCAGGCUUAUGGCUCGGGACUGAUAGCAUGUCAUUUCUAUGGAGUGAUUCAGACAUAACGCCAAACCAGAAACACAGUUUGCUGUUGCACUGAAAUCCAGCAAAUGGUGGUUUGCUCAAACCUGGAUUAAACUGUGGCAGAGUAUUCUCAGGAUCUAGUUAUGUUUUCAUUGUACAUGUAAAUGUUAAUAAUAAUAAUAAUAAUAAUAAUAAUAAUUUAUUUAUUUAAGACAUGCAUACUGUUGUUUUUUUUAAUGGGGCAACUUCUGUCUUACCCUGAACUGUAGGACUAUGUGAUUUUGUUUUGUUUUGCAAAAGUCUUUAACACCAUUUUGCCUGAUGAAAACGUCUGAAGAAGGUACAUGUGACAUCAAAGACCUCCGGAUUUUUCAUUUUUUAAUGAAAUUUUCUUGUGCUAAUAAAGUAUAUGUACAGCAUAAGUUCAAACUUGGACAUAAUUGCUUUAAUUUAAAUAGAAAUAUAAUACAUCCCACCAUAGUAAGGAAGACUAUAACUAGGUGAUUCUGAUAUUGUGGGGUGAACUUUUUAUGAGCUCCCACUUCCUUUAACCCAAUUUGGACUAGACAACAUUUCACAUACAAGACUUCUCCAGACAGAGGACUGUUCUUUGUAAAGUUGACAGGUAAGCCCUCUACACAGGGGAAGGGUUUAACCUUUUGCUCUUGUGCCAAUUCCCAAGUGCAAAUCUGCACUCACCACCCCCAAAGCUGCUAUUGACUGUGGAGGGGGAGACUUAGAAGCACAAUGCAAGUUCCCUGUGCAAUUCAAAACAGCUCUGGCAGGGCGACUUAAACUGGGGAUUUGGUAGUGAGGCACAGAGCUAAACCCUUUCCCCCUGUACCCAGCCUCAGUCUGAAUUGGGCCCCUCUAUGCUGGCUUUGCAGGGGAAAAAAGUAAAAGUCUAGACUUAAGAGAUCUCUUGCUUCAUAUAUACAGCUGGCCCUGGCCUAGAAAGGUCUACAAUGUCAACUGAAAGUCACAAAAGCAGGAAGGUGAUCUCUCUUGUAACACCAGUCUCCAGCAAGCUACUAUGAAAGAAAUGUGUUGCAGUGUCAAUAGUGUGUUUGGGGUUUUUUUCUUGACCCAUUGUGUUUGCUGCUUUCUUGUCAAGUGGUGCUUUACGGGUGAAUGCAUAACCGUAGGCAAGAGCCCCGAAGCAGUGAACGGUGCAUGGGGUUUGUGGUCAUCGUGGUCGCACUGCACACGGACCUGUGGGGCUGGAAUCCAAACUGCGGAGAGACAGUGCACUAGCCCAGAGUAAGUCUCACACCUGGCGGUUUGCUUAAUGUUUGAUGUUUCAAAAUCUUGAAACCUAAGCAUCUUGGAUGUAGGGCCUUCUCGGUGGUGGCGCCCGCCCUGUGGAAUGCCCUCCCAUCAGAUGUCAAGGAAAUAAACAACUAUCUGACUUUUAGAAUACAUCUAAAGGCAGCCCUGUUUAGGGAAGUUUUUAAUGUGUGAUGUUUUAUUCUGUUUUUAAUCUGUUGGCAGCCGCCCAGAGUGGCUGGGGAAACGCAGCUGGAUGAGUGGGGUAUAAAUAAAAAAAUAUUAUUAAAAUUAUUAUUAUUCUAUCUAAAGCAAGGGUUGUUGUUGUUGUUGUUUAGUCGUGUCUGACUCUUCGUGACCCCAUGGACCAGAGCACGCCAGGCACUUCUUUCUUCCACUGCCUCCCGCAGUUUGGUCAAACUCAUGCUGGUAGCUUCGAGAACACUAUCCAACCAUCUCGUCCUCUGUCGUCCCCUUCUCUUUGUGCCCUCCAUCUUUCCCAACAUCAGGUUCUUUUCCAGGGAGUCUUCUCUUCUCAUGAGGUGGCCCAAGUAUUGGAGUCUCAGCUUCACGAUCUGUCCUUCCAGUGAGCACUCAGGGCUGAUUUCCUUCAGAAUGGAGAGGUUUGAUCUUCUUGCAGUCCAUGGGACUCUCAAGAGUCUCCUCCAGCACCAUAAUUCAAAAGCAUCAGUUCUUUGGCAAUCAGCCUUCUUUAUGGUCCAGCUCUCACUGCAAGGGUAGGCAGCCUUCAAACUUUGCAAGACCAGGGGCAGGUGUGGCUUUUCUGAAAAUGUGUCUGGAAGGCCCUAGGUUUACCAUCCCUGGAUUAGAGUGUCAGACUCAGACAUGGAAGGCCCAGGUUUAGAUCCACACACAGCAUUACUAACCCUCUUAGCUUAAUCUACCUCACAGGAUUGUUAUGAAGAUUAAAUAUGAGGAGGGAACCUACGAACGCCGCUGUGAGCUGCUUGAAGGAAAGGCAGGAUAUAAAUGUUGUUAAGUUGUGGGCGAACAUAUCAGACGACACAGCGAUUCUUCCAAAGCAGCUCUUUAUUUGUAAGCUGGAACAGAACUGAACUGAGGAGCUCAGUCAGCCUGCUUAUACAGAGCUCCACUAGAAUGCAACAGUAACCAUUUUCUGUAACUAUCCAAUCACUGAACGUCACUUUUGAUCCUUCAUUUGCAUAACUAUCUACAGUAUCCCCCUGCUGGCCCAGGGUGAGAACUUCAGUACAUAACAAAUGUAAUAAAUAAAUUCUUGUUUUCGAAACCCCUUUUGUCACUUCCAGGCCACAGUUUGGAGGGAAGUACUGCACAGGGGAGAGGAAGCGCUAUCGCAUGUGUAACAUCAAGCUGUGCCCCAGAGCCUCACCAAACUUCCGUCAAAUGCAGUGCAGUGAAUUUGAUACGGUUGCCUACAAAAAUAAGUUCUACACGUGGAUUCCGGUGUACAACACAGGUAAGGUUAAAUAAGUUGCACGAUGCCUGUUUAUUGAACUUUUGCUUUUUACCUGCGGGUUUCACUUUUGUUUUAAGCACUGUAUUAUUUUGAUUGACAGGUUGCUUUGCAGAUUGUAGUGUGAACCACUUUGUGAAAACCUAUGGUAAAAAGCGGUCUGCAAAAAAUUUGAAAAUAAAUGAAGAAAACAAUUUUUUAAAUACCUAUUAUUGAUAAUGAGUUUUUCACGUCAUCUGGUAAAGCUUUUACAUUUGGAUUUUGACCGUAAAACAUUUGGAUUUUAAUAGUAAAGCAUCAAAUGUUAAAAACUUCCCUAUACAGGGCUGCCUUGAGAUGUCUUUUAAAAGUCAGGUAGAUGUUUCUUUCCUUAGAGUUCCUAUGCCUAAUUUUUCUUUCGUUUGAUACCCAAUGGGGAACUGCACAUAGUUCUUCGGACUCCUGCUUUUAAGAGUUGUUAAUCUGGUCCUGAUCUGCACAGAUAAGGAAGACUUGCUAUCUGCAUCUGUGUAGCAGUAGAUCACCAUUUAAAUGAAAAGAGAUUAGUAUUGUCUCUCAAGUCCACAAUAUACACUGAAACCACUAUUAGUGUCUGCAUCUCAGAAUUUAUUCCAGAGUACUCUGCAAAGCACCAGGGUUCCACAGUGAAUUUACAUGCGUUCCUUUGUUGUUUAGUCGUUUAGUUGUGUCCGACUCUUCAUGACCCCCUGGACCAGAGCACGCCAGGCACUCCUGUCUUCCACUGCCUCCCGCAGUUUGGUCAAACUCAUGCUGGUAGCUUCGAGAACACUGUCCAACCAUCUCGUCCUCUGUUGUCCCCUUCUCCUUGCGCCCUCCAUCUUUCCCAACAUCAGGUUCUUUUCCAGGGAGUCUUCUCUUCUCAUGAGGUGGCCAGAGUAUUGGAGCAUCAUCUUCAGGAUCUGUCCUUCCAGUGAGCACUCAGGGCUGAUUUCCUUCAGAAUGGAGAGGUUUGAUCUUCUUGCAGUCCAUGGGACUCUCAAGAGUCUCCUCCAGCACCAUAAUUCAAAAGCAUCAAUUCUUUGGCGAUCAGCCUUCUUUAUGGUCCAGCUCUCACUUCCAUACAUCACUACUGGGAAAACCAUAGCUUUAACUAUACGGACCUUUGUUGGCAAGGUGAUGUCUCUGCUUUUUAAGAUGCUGACUUAGCAAAUAAGUAAAUUGAAAAGGUUCUCUGAAGCUGGAACUAGAGGGAAACUACUGCUCUGUUAAUUCUGAGAUCCAAGCACCUUGCAGAUAGUGCCUGCAGCAGUCACUCAAAAUUCCAAAUGUGUCCACACACCUAAAAAAAGGUUGAUCACCCCUGCCCUAUGAUCACUGAAUACUUUGCAUACAUCCCAACAUUUAAGUGUCUGAUUAAGUGAUUAGCUUCACUUUGUACUAGCAUUGGAUAGCCCAAGAAAUUGCUGGAUUUAAUUACAUUACACAUAUUGCCAUGCUGCUCUAACUUCUGUAUUGCAACUGCUGACACUUUGUUAAAAAGUACUUACUUAUCAGAGAAGAAAUGUCCCAAGAUUUUAUAUUACAGGCCUAGCCUCCCCUUCUUAAAAAAAUAAAUAUUAAUGCCUUGCGGGGAAACUGGGGAAAAAAGUAUUUUUUUGAGGAAGUUAUUGUAGCUGAAAGUUUGUUACUUUCACAGGAGGAAUGUUGAAGCAUUACGUAUUUGCAGGUGUUGAUUCAUUCAAAUAUGUGCAAUGUUUAAAGAAUGAUAAUUAAAGCUAAUUAUCAUGACAAUUAAAGCUAAUUAUCAUGACAAUUAAAGGUAAUCAUGACAAUUAAAGCUAAGCCCAGUCAAAGCCUGGAGUACCAGGUAACCUUCUCUGCAAUUCCUGAAGGAAGCAAGGGCAUAAUACCAGCAUGCCAAAUCCAUAUAAUUGUCUGUUGACUAGUGUUGAGGCUGAUCUAAAACACGCCCAGCCCGCUGACACAAAAAAGUCCAGUUUGUUUCCUGCUCUCUUCAGUGAUUUCCACCGCUGCUCUUCAAAGUGGGGAAAACAGGCAGCAGUUUUUUAAUUGUUUAGUCUGCUCCCGUCAGUAAUUGUCCUCCCACCACUUUCUUUUCUAUGUUUGAUUGCCACAAAAAUAAACCUCAUACACAUUGUAAAUGCCACACAUUUUCAUUUAAUAAGUACACUGCUGGGAAUGAACAGGAGGAGAUCGUUUCUGAAGGCGUUUACAGAAAUCUGUAAAUAUGGCAAGCUCUUGUUGCCAUUUUGGGAGCUGGCACAAUGCCUUCUUUAUCUAAAGUGGCUGGCACGGGGCUCAUCCAAACUUACCUUUUGCCCCACACAGGUCCGCACUUUCCCUAACCACAAUUUCUUUAUGUAUCCAAACACUUUCUUCUAUACUAUUUUCUCUUUUGCCCCACUGCUUUCUCCAGGAAAACCUGCUCUUCAACACCGAAUCAAAACAAACAGCAAUUCGGGUUUUCUGUGGGUUGCUAUUUGCUCCGAUUCAGCAGUAAAGAGCAGGUUUUCUCCAGGAAAGUGCCAGGGCAAAAAGAAAAGCACUCACACAGAGACCUGGAAAGCUCAGAUCUGCUCCUAGAAGUGUGGAGCAAAGGUAAGCAUGGGUGAGCCCUGGCAGUGACUCUCCACAGGCAGGGUUCUGUCCCAGCCCUACCCCAAAGUCAGUAGCCGGAGUCAGAAAUAGAACAGCAAUUUUUUUAAAACACUAGUGUCAGUGAAGUUAAUUCUUUAUUCAAAGAAACUAAGACAGUGUGAGCCUAGUGAGCACAGCAACCCUUCCCAGCAGGCCUUGCCCCAAUGAGACAGUUGCAAGGUCUGAAGGUCCCCACCUUCCCACCUCUCUCUAAGGCUCCUUCCCCCGUUCCUUCCCCAGCAGACUAAGGCUCCAUCAUCUUGUCUCUCUUUGCUCUGCCCUCUUCAUUCCUCUGUAUGUUUGGGGAGACCAAUGGAGAGGGGAGCUGGUCACAGCAGGAGGGGGAGGUUCCCUGGAUUCUUCAGCAGCCGGCCUCCACCCUGCCUCUUGACCUCCCUCUGAGUCUGGACUGCCCUCUGCCACAGCCUCUUCCUGCUCACUAAGCCCUGUCACUUCUUCUGCUUCUGACGCCUUCUCCUCCCAGUCUGCUCCCUCUUCUCCCUCUGACCACACAUUGUAAUCUAUCAGGGGCUGGUCUGAAUCAAAAGAUGGGGGUAUGCAAUGGCAGGAAGAUCAGCUUCUAACAGAAGAGGAGGGGGACUACCCCUCCCCAUUUCCAGAGUCCCACGUAGCAGAGAGACAGGCAGAUUCCGAGAUUGCACAGUUGAGACAGGAACUGCCCAGCUUUGAGAUAGUAGCUAAGCAACAGGAGGGAGGGACGCAGCCGGGCGAUAUAUCAAUCGAGAAUAGGGGAGGGGGCUCCCUGCUUCCCCCGAACUAGGAAGUAUGUAUCAGGAGCUCGUCCUACACUUGAGUAGGACCCUGGUAGAGACACAUGCCCGACUGGCAUGUUCUUUCCCUCCUGGUCAUUCAUUCAGGAGCUUCAAAAGCUUUCUUCAGCCCAAACAUCACAGCGCCCGAUGCCAACAGACAUCUGCACACUUAGGGAUGCAUGCAACCUUCUGCAUGCAAACCAAGAGCUCUGCCCCUGAACUCUGGACUAUGCAGGAUGAUUGUAGCAAUGGUCCUUCUAGAAUGUGCUGCUCUCAGAUUUCUGCCACAAGUGUCUCUUAAUGGGAGGCAGUGUCUUACUGUCACCUGUUGCCAACUUUUAACUUUUCGUUUUAUACUUGCACCGCAACCUUGCAGUUGUGUGUGUCUAUAGUAACUGAUAUAACUUUGGGGGUUUCCCUUCAGCUAAUCCUUGUGAGCUACAAUGCCGUCCUACGAACAACCACUUUUCAGAGAAAAUGCUUGACGCUGUCAUUGACGGUACACCUUGCUUUGAAGGAAACAACAGCAGAGACGUCUGUGUUAAUGGCAUGUGUAAGGUAUUGGGUAUGUUUCCUUCUUUGAACACUUCAUGGGACUACAGAUUUUCAGGCCCCAAAGGGCCAUCAGAGUCAUAGUCUUAAAUCCCUGUGCUGUUCUUUACGUUUGGGAUCAUUUUAAUAAGAGAUAUCCUCAAAACUCAUAUUCCAUGUUUUGAGGGUUGGCAAGAAGGUUGGUGAGGCCUAAGAGUUGGGGGCUGGUUAGAAUGGGGAAGAGGGUGGGGGGCUCAUGGAUACGGGGUUGAUAUUGGGGCUGCAUUCUGAAUUAACUGGGGUUUCCAAAUAAUCGACAAAGGCAGCAUUACACUAGUUUACCCUGCGUAUCCCAGAUUACUUGUUUGUUUACUAUUUGUACUUAUAGCCAGCCCUUCCCCAAAUGUUCCCAGAGUGGGUUACAAAGAUAAUAAAUAAUAAAAUAACACCACAAAGCAACCAAUAACAACAUAACAAAAUGGCACCACAAAACAGCAGUGCACAGCAACACAACAGGAGGACAAAUAGCCACUCAGCCAAAAGGCUAAGUCAAGAGAACAUGAUAUUGAUGUGUUUCCUGUUAGUCAGGAAUUUGAGAAAUAACCACUACUGUAAUAAACAGUUGGGUCUCUUUGCAAGUUUUCAGUGUGAACUGCCUUGAGCAGUAACAACACCGCAUGGUCAGUCCGCUUUUUCUUAUCCCAGAAAUCCAUCAGGGGCUAGAUUUGGUGGAAAUUGGCCUUCAGCAAUGGUAGUUACAAAAUAUUCCUAGGCGGGGCAUGAAAAGAGCUAUUCUCAUAUGAUCCCAGGCAACAGCUUUGAUAAUGACCCAGCUAAGCGAGUCUUUUUAUCAAUUGUCACUGCUGAGCCACUAUGACCUUUGAAGAUUCACUCAUCGCUACAGAUGAUGACUGCUCCAAGUCACAAGAAGAAAAGGUUCCAAUCUGUUUUCUCCCCAGUGAAGAUGCCCUGACACAUCUCUUUGGAAGGCUCUUCAUAGGGUAACACUAAUUUUGUUAUGUUUGGCACCGUUCUGGGGCGUUGUGCUUUGGAAAAUGUUCAAGAAGCCAAAAGCAUUUUUGUUCUAAUAGAAUUUCAAUAGCAGCUUGCUCAAGAUCCCUUGAAAUAAAUGAAUUUGAUAUUUGGGUGAGUCAAUAAGCCACAUAAACUAUUAAUCCAAGUUAAACUGGAUGGCUUUAAAAGAGGAUUGGGCAAAUUAAUGGAGGAUAACACUAACAUUGGCUGCUAGACAUGAUAUCUACACUCUGCCUCCACGGUCAGAGAAAGUCAUGCUUCUGAAUAACAGUCGCUGGAAGCCAUAGGAAGUUAGAAUGCUCUUGUGGUCUGGUCCUGGUUUCCCACAGACACCUGGCUGCCCACUGUGAGAACAGAAUACUGCACUAGAGGGCCACUGGCCUGAUCCAGCAGGCUCAUUCUAUGUUCUUACAAGAACCGAUUAGUCAAUAAAUACGAACCACUUGCAUUUGGCAGCCAACAGUAUCGGGGGCAUUGUUAAGCACAUGGAAACACUUGGGACACACAAGCCCAUAACACAGAUUUGUGAGUAUGUGUGCAUGAAUUUGGCCAUAUUUAUAGUUCCACAGGGACGCGGGUGGCGCUGUGGGUUAAACCACAGAGCAUAGGACCUGCUGAUCAGAAGGUUGGUGGUUCGAAUCCCUGCGACGGGGUGAGCUCCCGUUGCUCGGUCCCUGCUCCUGCCAACCUAGCAGUUCGAAAGCACGUCAAAGUGCAAGUAGAUAAAUAGGUACCGCUCUGGCGGGAAGGUAAACGGCGUUUCCGUGCGCUGCUCUGGUUUGCCAGAAGCGACUUAGUCAUGCUGGCCACAUGACCCGGAAGCUGUACGCCAGCUCCCUUGGCCAGUAAAGUGAGAUGAGCGUCGCAACCCCAGAGUCAGUCACGACUGGACCUAAUGGUCAGGGGUCCCUUUACUGUUACCUUUUUAUAGUUCCACAGGGUGGUUCUUAGUUUUCACAUAUAUAUAUGUAAGGGUCUUCCAAGAUGGCGUCUGUCGGCUGCCUCACACAAUGCCAGCUGAUUAAGAAGUUGCAAUUAGUUAUACAAGUGUCUUUGAGGUCCAUAAAAAUUGCCCUUUGGUGUCUGCUGCAGAACUGGUGAUUAAGAAGUGUCAGCGUUUUAAUGGGCAGAGCCAGUUGCUGAGCUCCAGGGAACAAAAGGACGUUUUGUCAAGUGUCAAAAGGAACGAUAAACGUGUUCCCUACUGAUAGUCAUUCAACCUGCCACAAAUGCAGUUUGAUAUCAUCAAGAUGUACAGAUAUGGAAAUGUUACAGCUGGAAAUGAAAACGCAUUCGGAAUACAGGUGGAGAUAUGGAGAGAUAGCAUAGAGCAGUAGUUUACCAUCCUUUUUCUUUUCUUUUCUUUUCUUCUGUUUAUGGCUCUUUUUGCAUCCCCUCAUGUUAUCCAUGUAGCUGGGGCAGAAAAAAACUGUUGUUACAGCUGAGCAGGGAGGAAAUCCUCUUUACCUUUUGUGAUGACUGCUUCAGGGCCAAACUAGAUGUCAUGUGUUUGUCACAUGUUUCGCUCCUGAAUGCAAUAUUUUUUCCCCACAGGGGUCGGGGGAGGGGGUCCAUAUCUGGACUCUGGUGGUGAGAUGGGGGGAAAGCAGUCUUAGGGGGGCUCCAUUCUAAUGAGGGAAAAUGACAUCAGAAUUCGCCUGCUGAAUCAGGCCAGUGGCCUAUCUAGUUUUCACAGUGACCAACCAGUCACUGUGAACAUAGUAAUCAUCAGUGCUUUUUUUCUAAAAAAAUGUUUAGGGGUACUCUCAGUUUCCUACUCAUAUAGAAAUACAGCCCCUCAAUGAGGCCAAACUUAGAUUUGCAAAUUGUUUAGGGGUAUGCUUAUCCCUAUGUGUCAGUACAACUUUCAACCCCAGAGUCGGCCACCAUUGGACCUAAUGUUCAGGGGUCCCUUUACCUUUACCUCCUGAAUUUUUUCCCAAUCCACAAUACCCUUUUUGAGCUGAGGUGACCUGAGCUAACGCCUCCCUCCUCUCCUCAGGCUAAGGUCCCAUCCCAAUCCAGAGCAGCAGCGCCCACUGCAUGCCAGCUAUAUGCGGAAGAAAAAUCUUGCACUGAAAUGCAAAUCAGAUGACCAUGAUAAUGUGUAAUUCUUCCUUAGUUACUGUCUUUAGAAGGCUACAGGUGAAGCCAUGUUUUGAGUAAAACUGGAGGGAGUCAAGGUUAGACUAGUGGGCUUCUUCCCUUGUAAGUGAAGCCUUGUUGCUCUGCAGCCUGGGAAGGUCAGCUGGAAUCUUAAGAUGUUUCAAAUUGGCUUUGACCUGCAGAAAAUGCCUGCCACAUGGACACACCUUAAGACAUGGGAACUGCAGAAUGAUGCAAAUAGCAAAAUAGUCUCUGGCAGGCAUUUGCUGAUUGGUUAGUGCUGAUCCCAUAAUGCAUGCAACCUAUCGUGUCUUCCUUCAGACCAUCGGUUGUGAUUAUGAGAUGGAUUCCAAUGCCACAGAAGAUCAAUGUGGAGUUUGCCUGGGAGAUGGAUCCUCUUGUCAGACUGUGAAGAUAGCCUUCAACCAAAGUGAAGGAGCAGGUGAAUAAUCCUCCCCCCCCCCCGCAGUGUUUUUCUGCAGCAAUUUCAAUGAGCAAUGAUGCUUGCUGACAAAACAUACUCUGAGACACUAAUACUCUGUCACCAAAGGAGAGAAAACGAACCUGUAGAAGGAAUUGGGGGAUGUGAAGCAAUACUGAACGCGAUAUCUCCUUUAUUAAGGAGGGCAUAUUGAAUCCACUUGGAUCAAUAGGGUGAUAAAUAUGAUUGCCAGGUUGCACAGGACUGGACUGCAUGACUCAGCCUCUUUGAGUAUGUAGGUACAAUUUCCAGAGGGGUAGCCAUGACAAUCUAUUACAGGGGAAAUUGCAGCCUUGGCACCAGGCUCAAGCUGCUAUCUGAUACCCAUUCACCUGAGAAUUCACCCCCUUGUGCCUUAAUUCUCAGCAGUCUGUGACUUAGUAUUAAGGCCUCUUCCUGUGUUGCUUGGACUGGGCUGCAAGCGGAUUUAUUGUGGCAUAAGCAUUGGUGGACUAUUUUGAGAAGUAGACGCUAGUCCGCAAUAGCUAAGGCCACGAUAAAUCUCUUCAUCUCUACAACAUCACGUUUUAUUAAUUUUUUUACCUUGUGAAAAGUUUCUUUUGCAUCUUUACAAGAACUUUCAGGUUUUUUCCUUUCAAGACCUUGGAGCGGGGGAAGAGAGAGAGAGAGCAGAAAUCUUGUGGCACUAUAGGAAAAAGCUUUUCUUCAAACCAGAAGCAUAUCUCUAUCUUUUGUUUAAUUUUCUAAGAUUAUGUUAGACUUUUAUUCUUGCCUGUGGUUACACGGAAAGGAGAGCCGAAUGUUAAUGAUUUCAAUUUUAUCAUGCUGGACACCUUGUUUUAUCUGUGAGUUUCUGGCAGCUUUAAAGUUCUGCAGAUCCAGCCUUGCUGUGUGAAUCCAUGUUGCGAUCACAGUCUGUACUUAGCCUUUAAAGACCUUGGCCAUAUUGAAGAUAAACCUCUGAGCCAAAGCUAUAUGUGCAGGCUCCCACUCAUUGCAAAUGUAGGUCUGAAAGGCUAUUCUGUCGGAAUGUCAUAAUAAGGUAAUAAUGGAGAUAAAUCAUUGAUCUAAAGCUGCCUGCAAAAUUUAGUACAUCUGCUCCUCUUUGAUAAUCCUUUCAUUUAAAAAAAACUGCUGGAGGAGCACCUUCUUCUCUACUUUCUAAUCAGCUGAAUCCUGCAGCAAAGGUUUUCUGCUGAGGACACAGUGUAUCUUGAUUUCACUAAGGCUUUCGACAAAGUCCACCAUGAUAUUCUUGCGGUGAUGCUGGUAAAAUGUAGGCUGGGCAAAUAACUCUUAUAGCUGGUUGACUGACCAAACCCAACGAGUGCUCACUUAAUGGUUCCUCAUCAUCCGGGGAAAAAGUGACAAGUAGGGUGCCGCAGAGUUCUGUUCUGGGUCCGUUGUUGUUCAACAUCUUUAUGAUGAAAGAAUUGAGAAACGUUUCAAAAAAGCUGUGCCUAGCUAAUCCCUCCGGUACAGCCCAUGAUUAACAGCACUGAGUCAAGCCAUUUUGCCAUCUCAGGCAAAGGACAAGAUGCCCUUGCCCUUUCAUGUACAGGAAUGGCAACUGAUUCUCACUUCAACACUAGGCUGGUAUGGGGAGUGAGACACAGACAGGAGCCAGCUUGCGGAGGCAGUGAAGUGGGUCUGGCUGAGGUGGCCAUUUCCCACAAUGUUCUGGGGUAGCAGCAGUAGCUGGGUAAGUAGUGAUCAUCAGUGGUGUAGCAUGGGUUGCCAGUGCCCGGGGCCACGCAGAGGAGGGGGUUGAGAGGAAGGGGAAUUCACACAGGAAUUCCACUUUCAGGAUGGGGCCCAAUGCAACAUGGCUGCAUUUCUAGACCUCCAACACCCACCCACCCCGCAGAGUGUCUUUUCCUUCAGAACUAUUUUCUUCAUUCAUAUGCAGAUUUCAUACUCAUGCAUUAUUUAUAAAAAACCACCUGAAAAGUGCAUUGCUUUGCAGGAAAAAAAAUGAUCUGGUUGAUACCCAGAAACUCAUCACAUCAAGCAAGAGGUUGCCGGGGGGGGGGCACUUGGAGGGGAGGGGGGGAGGAAAUGAAAGUGGGUGGGAUUAAAUUUAUGCUGCUUUAAUUAAGUAAUUAAUGGAUAUUCAUGCAAUUAAUCAACUAAGCCUUUUUUUAAAAAAUCAAGUGAUAGCGGAAAAAUUAGACUCAGUUGUUUCAGAGGCCUUUUCAGACAAAAUUUGUUCAAAAUAUUAAACCUGACUAGGCAAGAUAAGAAGUACCCAAUUAUGCUGCAAACCUCUAGCUGUGUACCUGGAAAUCAGACCUACCAAAUUCAAUAGGACAUGUGUGAUUAAUGUGCUACUAUGGAAUGUUCACAUCAGAUUUGUCCAAGGGCAGUAAUUUGGAAUUAAACCAUAAUUCAUUAAGUGUGCUGCUAAUUGUGGCUCUGUGAGGGAUGAACAAUAAUUCCCAGGAUUUUGGGUGAAAACUUGCAAUGUGUGUUAAAUGUGUUCUAACUGUAAGGCAUAGAUGUGACCUAGGCACAGUGCAUUAAUAUUCUGUUGUUAAAACUGGUGAAUGUUGCUUCUCCCCCCAUAGGGUAUGUUGAUAUUGGCCUAAUUCCAAAAGGCGCAAGGAACAUCAAGGUGCUGGAAGUGGCAGAAGCAGGGAAUUUCCUUGCGCUACGGAGUGAGGACCCGGGAAAGUAUUACCUAAAUGGAGGGUUUAUUAUCCAAUGGAAUGGAGACUACAAAGUGGCAGGAACGAUAUUUCAAUAUGGGAGAAAAGGCGACUUGGAAAACCUCACUGCCGCUGGACCCACGAAUGAAUCGUUGUGGCUACAGGUGGGGGAACGUGUCAUAUGUGCAAGUGGCUUUGGGAAAUUGCUGGGAGGUUUGGACUGGGCAGCUUUUAUGAAUCUGUGCCCUCUAAACAUUUUUGGACCCCUGUUCUCAUCAGCCCCAGCCAACAGGGGUCAGGGAGGGAGGAGAAAUUCUAAGACUUGAUUUCCAGACCCUUGAUCAUCUUGCCCUCCUCUGCACACACUCCAGCUUGCCAACAUCGUUCUUAAAUUGUGGUGCCCAGAAUUGGACACACUACUCCACAUGUUGUCUGGUCAAGGCAGAAUAGAGCGGUACUAUUACUUCCCUUGAUCUGGGCACUAGACUUCUUUCUGUUGAUGCAGCCUAGAAUAUCAUUAUCUUUUCUUGCUAGGACUCCUCUUCUCCAAGGUCUUUCCCAUGCAGUCUCAGAUGGCAUCUGCGUUCAACCACCCUCUGCUUUGCCUGUUUCAUUUCUCCAUGAGUUCUAGGAGACCAGGGGGAAAGGGAGCUGGUCACAGCAGGAGGGGGAGAUACCCUGGUUUCUUCUCCACUCUGCCUCUUGGCCACCCUCCCCUUAGCCUCUGGAGUCAGAGUCUGAACUGCUCUCGGCCACAGCCUCUUCCUGUUCAUUAAAGCCUGCCUCCUCACCUGCUGCCAUCACCUCCUCUCAGUCUGUUCUUUCUCCCUCUGACCACUCAUUGUCACCCCACCACCAACCCCCUGGCUCAGAGCCUUCUUCCCUCUUCCCCGAAGGCUUCCCUUGGGGUUUCCGUGGCUGGUACCUCCCGCCACUCCUCUGCAUCCAGCCAGUCCAUGGCCAAAAAUGAUGCCUUCUUCCAUCCCUAGUCAGGUAUGAUGGAAGAUGCAUUCUAGCAACACCUGGAAGGUGCUUUAGAACAUACCUAAGCUUUCUUGCUUUCUCCAUUUGUUUGGUUGGAACCGUUUUGUGACCAAAAUUGACAGUUGUUUCUUCUCAGCUCCUUUUUCAGGAAAAUAACCCUGGAGUGAAAUAUGAGUAUACUGUCCGUAAAGGCUGGAGCUCUGAGAAUGAUGUGGAAGAGCCAGAGUAUUUUUGGCGAUAUGGAAGCUGGACAAGUUGCAGUGUGACUUGUGGGAGAGGUAAGCAACAUUAGGGCUGCCAUCUUCCUCUCUCUGCUAACUGCUUUGGCAUUAAUUAUCUUAACAGCGUGUUUCAUCAAGGAACAAAUGGGUUCCUCACAAGCUGGCAAACUGAGUUUUAUUAACGCUUACUUUGAGCCACGUGCCCUGGGACAUGCUGAAUUUUUCAACUUCCAAAUUCCAGAAAAAAGAGGGGUGCUAACUAGUUGUCACAUGACUUGGGAAUCCAAAAGGCAUUUUGGUUAAAUUAAUAUAAUUUAGUUUGUCUUGGUAAGUAAAAUGUGUAUAAAAUUGCAGAGAAAUUAUUAAAAAUAAUUACCAGGAUGACCAGCAACCCAGCUCUAAAAUUCUUUGAAGCCAGACAUUGCCUCUGAAUGUAGCACGUGUCUCCUUCCUUUCUCGUAGGUUUCCAACAGCAGACGGCCCACUGUGUGAGAAAAGGGAGAGGUGUGGUGAAAAACUUGUUUUGUGAUCUCGAAACGCAGCCCAGUGGGAAACAAAAGAAAUGCAUGGAAAGGGACUGUCCACCAAGGUAGGGUGUGUGUGUGUGUAAUUUAGGGGAAUAUACUCAUGGGUAAUGAUGGCAACAAACAGCAGUCUGUCAGAAGAAAUGUAGACCAAACAACAUUAUGAUAGGUAGACAGACGAUAGAAGAAAGGACACAUUUUAAAAAGAACUGAUAAAACAGCUUCAGAAAUGAAUGACAUUAAACUGAUAGCAUAGUGAAUAAGAGAACAAUGUGUCAGCCAGCAUCCUCUGUCCCAAUUUCAUUUCAGCGACAGGCCUGCUAGGUAGACAGCCCUCUAAGGCAGGGAUGGAAGAACAUAUGGCUCUCCAGAGAUUGGGCUCCAUCAUUCCUGACCAUUGGCCGUACUAGCUUGUUGGGUGAUGGAAGUUGGAGCCCAACCAUGCCUGGAUGCUCACAGGUCCCCACCUCUGCUGUAAAGCAAACCACCAUCUCUCAGCUCCCGUUCUGUUUCUGCAACGCACCCUGCCUUAAGGAGCAGCUGUCAGUGAACACUCAGAAAAGGCACCAUUUAAGUGCUUGGUAUUAUCCAUCUUCUGUCAUAAUUCCCCAGGUGUCCACAAGGAAACACCUGUUGACUUACACCUGACCUAUCUCACUAGCCUGGGCAGGAGAGGUGUCGUCAGCCAGCUGAGAGGUUAACAGGUUGUGUUUGGGGAAGCUGUGAUGUGUUUUUAACACUCGAUUGGGAGCCGCCCAGAGUGGCUGGGGAAACUCAACCAGAUGGGCAGGGUAUAAAUAAAUUAUUAUUAUUAUUAUUAUUAUUAUUAUUAUUAUUAUUUCGCUGAGGAGAGAAGCACCUAUGGUCCCCACAGUAAGGGAAAAAAGGUCUUUCAGUGCACAGUGAUGGGCAGUUUUGACAACACUGGUCACUCGACAAACCCUCUCCGCCUGCUCUGUUAUUUACAGCAUGUUUGAACAUUGAAGGGUCUGAUUGGCAAAGCGAGUCAUGCGUCAGGUUUCCAUUUUGGUGUGCAUCUUGAUAGCAAUAAUAUCUAAAGAUUCCAGAGAAGAUAUGGCAUAUGUGAGUUUACGAAAAGGCCAACUCCUGAGACGCACGGCAGCUGUUUUAAAUUCUUGACUGAUGUGACGAACCUACCUAAAUGUGGGCCAUAUUAGAAGGGACACUAAAUAUGUGGUUUGCUGUUGCCUUUUACUUUUUAAUUGCCCGUAGGAGGUAUGGGGGGACUUUAAUUGGGACAAUGGUGCACGGGGACUUUAAAAACAACAACACUUUCCUCCUUCCCCUGCUGUGGUCUUGAUGAAAAUCACACCUCCAUCACUACUUUUAGUCUCAGUGUGCUAUCAGCCUCAGCUGCAACCAAAAUGAACACUUUCCUCCUGGAGCUCAGAGGAGAUUUCCAUGAGUGGGUGCGAAUGAGAAUUCCUCUUCUUGCCCCCUGCUAUUAGCAAUUAUGAAACAAAAGCUGCAAGAGCAAAGACGCAUUUAGCAUCAUUUCACAAACCCCAUUGAAUUUCAAUGGUCAGUGAAUAUAGGAUUGCUACCUGAAAUCUAUUGGUUUGGGGAUCACUCAAGAAAUCAACAUUUAACCAUGCUAGCAGGUGGCAUUGGGACGCAGGCGGCGCUGUGGAUUAAACCACAGAGCCUAGGACUUGCCGAUCAGAAGGUCAGUGGCUCGAAUCCCUGCGACGGGGUGAGCUCCCAUUGCUCGGUCCCUGCUCCUGCCAACCUAGCAGUUCGAAAGCAUGUCAAAGUGCAAGUAGAUAAAUAGGUACCGCUCCGGCGGGAAGGUAAAUGGUGUUUCCAUGCGCUGCUCUGGUUUGCUAGAAGCGGCUUAGUCAUGCUGGCCACAUGACCCGGAAGCUGUACGCCGGCUCCCUCGGCCAAUAAAGCGAGAUGAGCGCCGCAACUCCAGAGUCGGUCACGACUGGACCUAAUGGUCAGGGGUCCCUUUACCUUUACCUUUUAGCAGGUGGCAUGUUUUGAACUUUGGCAUAAUGUUGAGCCCAGAAGUGGCUUCUUUAGCUGAGAACAUUCCUCCUAACUAACCUUGCUUUGCAUAUGUCAGCAAUUGAUUUUAUGACAUAUCCCGCUGAUUUUCCAGUUGAAACGCUGAUAAUCAGUUAGGGAAAUUGGCACUUUUCAUGCCUCCUUAGAAGCUGUGCAUACCAGUGUGACCUGAAGAGAAAUGACCGCUGGAAGGAGUGUAGAGAGAAAAAACUCACUGCUGCAUCUGCACCAGCAAAACCAGACACCUUCAUCUCCCCCAGCUGCAAUAAAACAUGUCUCUCCUGUACUGGUCUCUACAGCAGAUGCUGUAACUCUCCAAUGGCUUGACUUUACCCUCAAUGGCACACCCUUCCAUCUUCUCCCGAGAUAUAUCAAUGCUGACAAUAAUAAGCAGUAACAUCUCAGCAGGGUGAUGUCUUUGACACCCCAUGUAAAUAAUUUAUUAAAGUAUCUGAACCACACAAUGCAAUGAUUCCUCAGGUCUAAUUACUGGGAAGCCAGCUGACAGCAUAAUCCGAUCUGAUAACUAAUGGCCUCUCUUAAUAUCUGAGCAUAAACCAGAGGCUCAGAGGAAUUUUGUGGUUAGAUUAAAAAGAGUGCUAGAGUCACCAAGGAAACUACAUGUUUGCUCAGAAGUAAGCCCCACUAAAUUAAAUCAGAUUCAUUCCCAAGUCUCAGCCUACUGGAUCUUUUGACCCUCAAUUUUCAGUGAAUGGGGCUUGUGUGGCAACGCAGUUCCCUUUCACUGGUUCCAUUUGGGAUGUGAAGUAUAACAUUUGUGGGCCCAUGGGGGGAUGCACAGGCAGCAAAUGAAUCCCGGGAGAGAUGUGUUGGGUUCAGAUUAGGUCACAGCCAUAUGGUUUACAGACAAAAUAGGUUUGGCAUAGGCAUUGGACAUGUAUCCCACAAUCAACCAACCUACCUGCUGGUUGAUAGACAGUUGUGGCUGACCAUAGGUGUCCCCCAUGGAACAAACCACUUCCAGCAGACUCCAGUGGCAGGGGGUGCUGUAGCCCUUCAGCCCCCAAGCUGGACAUGAAGCAUCACUUCCCAAUAUACCUUAAGGGGAUACCCCUAUGGAACAGGCAGUGAGCUUUCCCGCUAUCUAUCCCCACUAAGAAAGUAAUGUAAUUAUAUACAUACUAUUCACAGACUAAAAAUCCCCCAACAAUAGCAAAUACUGCUGCUGCUAUUACUACUAUUACUACUACUACUACUACUACUACUACUACACAGAGCCUAGGGCUUGCCGAUCAGAAGGUCGGCGGUUUGAAUCCCCGCAACAGGGUGAGCUCCCGUUGCUCAGUCCCUGCUCCUGCCAACAUAGCAGUUCUAAAGCAUGUCAAAGUGCAAGUAGAUAAAUAGGUACCGCUCUGGCGGGAAGGUAAACGGCGUUUCCGUGCGCUGCUCUGGUUGCCAGAAGCGGCUUAGUCAUGCUGGCCACAUGAGCCAGAAGCUGUCUGCAGACAAACACUGGCUCCCUUGGCCUAUAGAGCGAGAUGAGCACCGCAACCCCAGAGUCAUCCGCGACUGGACCUAACGGUCCGGGGUACCUUUACCUUUACUACUACUACUACUAUUAUUAAUCUGAUUUCCUUUCCAGAUCUGUGAUGAACACAGAAAUUGUGGUAAUUUCCACUCCGGUUUCCAUUUCUAAUGGCAUUCUCCAGUGUCCCUAAUUGCUUGGCAGAAAACAUAAUCUAAGUCGCCUCUGUCCUUUUUGAUCAAUUUAUUAAGAAACUGCUUCUUCCCCUUUGCUGUGCAUUGAUAUUUAGCAAUGCCGUGGGCUGGGGAAAUCAAUAUGUAAUUUCCCAAAGGUGUUUGCUUUUGAACAAAUAAGUGAAAAUCUAAGAUUUCAGACGAAGGUCAGUACUGUCACUGUUUUCUAGCAAUGCUACUCCUAUCCUCUGGACAUGUAAUUGGCAACGGCAGAUGUGCAGUCAGUGGGGAUUAAAGGGCUUACCAGCUCCAAGUUAAUAUAUGGGGAGGAUUAUGUAGGCUUCCUAGAAAAUGUCAAAGGUGUAGACUACAGUAAUUAAACAAGUAUGCAAAGGACCACCUUUUGUUUCCCAUCACCAGCUGUCCAUCAUUCAGAAAUUGUUUGUCCAAGUGAGACAGAGAGUUUGUUAAUACGUAAGUUUCUAAACAUUGGUUUUCUUUUCUCUGAAGGUUUUUUUUGAAAAUAGAAGCACAGAAACAGAAAACAUAACUGGGCACUUCCUCCCAAUUAAUCAGACACCAGGUCCUCUUCAAAGCAGCUCUUCUGUCAUAUAGGACGAGGACUGUAGCCUGACUCGCAAACUGAUGUAGUGCUGAAGUCUUGCACUAGCAAAUUGGUGCAAACACACACACUGGGUUGUGCUUUGCAUGCCAUUUUCAGAAUGUGUUAGAGGAGGCAUACAACCUCCAUUCUGAAUAGCAACCAUCCAUGCAGAAGUAAUCAUGGGAGUUUGUUUGAUACAUAACGGAGGGGAGGGGAGUUCCAAAGGGUAGAUGCCACUAUGCUAAAGGCCCGUUUCCUAAAUUGCAUAUCACAUACUUCCUGUUGCGAUGGUAUCUACAGGAGGCCCUCUCUUGCAGAUCUGCAGCGAUCAGAUGCAUGUAUAAUGGUUGCAAUGACCUUCUAAUGUUGGUUCUUGGGUUGUUUAUAGGAAAUAUUUCUGUACCACCACAUUGUGUAACAUCAAGGUGGUGUACAACUAUUAAGCAUACAGCAUCCUUAAAAACAAUUCAGGUCAUCAUUAAAGUGGCUGGCUAAUUAAUUGAAACAGCUGCAAAGGCUUGUUGGCAUAAGAAGUUCUUCUAGAGAGGCCCCAAAGUCAAAAGUAGUGAUGCCUUUACAGGAAGAGUGUUCCAUAUCAUGGGACCUGUGAUGCUAAACGCCUGACUUCUAGUGGAGGCCAGCUGGCCGCUGUAACUCUCUGUAAUUAGAUCUUUGCUCCCAGCUCUAAAAUGGGUAUAAUAAGGGUCUGUUUCCAGGUGUGGUUAUUGUGAGUGUGAACACGAUAAAGGUAAAGCUAAAGGGACCCCUGACCAUUAGGUCCAGUCAUGGCCGAUUCUGGGGUUGCAGUGCUCAUCUCACUUUAUUGGCCAAGGGAGCCGGGUCAUGUGGCCAGCAUGACUAAGCCACUUCUGGCAAACCAGAGCAGUGCACGGAAACGCCGUUUACCUUCCCACCGGAGUGGUACCUAUUUAUCUACUUGCACUUUGAUGUGCUUUUGAACUGCUAGGUUGGCAGGAGCAGGGACCGAGCAACAGGAGCUCACCCUGUCGCGGGGAUUUGAACCGCUGACCUUCUGAUCGGCAAGCCCUAGGCUCUGUGGUUUAACCCACAGCGCCAAAGUCACAAAUAAAAUAUGCUAUGUGCAUGAUAGACAAUAAUGAAAUCCAGGCAACUCAUGUUUUAGGUGCAACCGAUAUGUGCGCAAUUGUGAUCCUGCACAAAUCGGGGUUGCCUGUACUUUUGCUGAGCUGAUAUGCAGAUUCCCAUAACCCAGAGGAGGAAAAAUUGCAAGCCUGGAACGUAACAUUUAAGCGAUAUACUCUUCUCAAAGUUUCCUUUGUAUUACUAACGUUCAUUCUCUGGUUUAGCAUGCAUGCCCUUUUUGAUGUUCCCCAAUUCUUUUUGUUUUGCUCUGAAGAUGGUGGGCAGGAGAAUGGCAGAAGUGUUCAACCUCCUGUGGCCCAACAGGAGAAAAGAAACGGACCGUCCUUUGCAUCCAGACAGUGGGAUUGGAUGAGCAAGCUUUGCCUGUUGAGAAGUGCAAACAUCUGCUGAAACCAAAGACUUACCUUUCAUGUAACAGAGAUGUCCUGUGCCCAUCAGACUGGACAGUAAGCAACUGGACUGAGGUACGUUCACAACACACUGUAGUUGUAUGCGUUACAUGCUCAGACCUCGGUCUUUUCUUAAAGAGCUCAGAGCAGCGUACAUAUCCCAGUGAUGCCUCAUUCUUGGCACAGCUUCAGCAAAAGGAAUGCAUCGUGUGCCUUCCAGACCAUUCUCAUGGCCUAUGAAAAGACCUAUUUGUCUAUUUCCCUUGAACAGUGGUAUGAACGAACAAGCCACAAAGUCUUCCAUUAACCAUUGUUUCCCAUUUUCCCUAAACCAGGAAACUGUGGUUACCCUUUCUGGAACAAUCCAAGAUAUUACACCAUGUUUUGAAGCUGAUUUGAUAUCUUUGUUUGUUCCAAAGCAGAUAGCUCCAAUUUCCCAGUUUGGAGGAAAUGGGGAAACUGCUGUUAAACCAGCCAGGUGAGGGGGGUGAGUAAAAGGCUUGAUCAUUAUCUUGACUCAUUAAGAUGAGAUGUAACUUUCCGAAUGAACUCACAGAAAGUCUUGGCAGUUGUGGUUAAUGGAAAACUUUCUGUUGCCUCCUGCCCUAUAGAAUAAAUAAAAAAGUAAGUAAAAUUAAAACUCUAUGGUUAUAAGAACCGUUUACUUCCCCUUGACUGUGGAAUGUCAGAUUUUGCAGGCUCCCAUCAUUACAAAAUCUUGGUUUGAUUUUGCUGUGGUUUGUUACUAGCAGGUGCAUAGCAGGUGUGUUGCUUCUGCCCUCAGUACCUUCAAGCUGUUUUCUCCCGCCCUCCUGCAAAGAAUUAAACUGAAGGAUGAGAUUGGAUUUGUGUACCAAAAUUCCUCUGUUGCCCAUUUUGUAUGCCCCAUCAACUCCCUCUGCUUUCUGUAUAAAUGAAAACGUGACGCUACUGUUAAUUGAAUUAAACAUGGGUUUGGUUUCAGCUAAUUUUGUUGAUGAAGCAUAAAGCCUGUAUGAAUUACUGUACUCUGUUUUCAACAGAGUCCCAGUUGUCUGUGGGGCAGGUUUGCAUAUGAAGCGACAGUUUGUGUCUGCUAAAAAGUAGUGCAACCUGCCCCACCCCCCCAGAGCAGCAUAGACAAGAUAGCAGAAUGGACACCAAAGAUCAUAGGGGUUGCUGGGCAAAUUAAAAUCCUCCUUCAUUAUGGAAUGUUUUGUUUUUCAAUGUGGCGAAUGAAAAGACAGAUAACGGCUUAUUUACAAGCUUAGUGCGGUCUGCAUGUGGAGCUGUCUGAGACUGUGGCACUUUUUCUCUCUUUUUAAAUUUCUUUUAUUGAAACUUUUCAACAUGCAAUACAAUAAAAGCCAAACUAAUCUAAAUAAAAAGGGGGGGGAGAAAAAACAUAAUAUGUACAGUGGUACCUCUGGUUGCGAAUAGGAUCCGUUCCAGAGGCCCGUUCGCAACAUGAAAAGCCCGCAACCUGAAGCGCCGUAUCUGCGCAGGUGCGCAGCGUGAUUUGGUGCUUGUGCGCAUGCACAAAGCGUGAUUUAGCACUACUGUGCAUGUGCAAGCAGCAAAACCCGGAAGUAACCCUUUCUGGUACUUCUGGGUCACCGCGGGACGCAUGCUGAAAAAACGUAACAUGAAGCAAACGUAACUUGAGGUAUGACUGUAUAACAAACACGCAAGAAAGACAACACAGAAAAAGCAGAAGAAUAAAAAGUAACAAAGUCCUCUAUCCGAGGUGCAUCUUUGUUAAAGUUUGUGGGUCGUAAAUCCUUUGACCCACUGAGUCUGCUGCAACGGCCCUGCAAUAAAUUUGAUUUAUUGCCACUCUGACAAACUCCAAUGGUGCCCAUACUCUUCCUUUUUAAAAUAAUUUUUAUUAACAGGCCAAUCACAUCACAUUGUUCAAAUCACAUUGGUUCCAAAUUAUACAGCCAAAUUUUAAAUUUUUUGGGGGGGUACCCAUAUAUCAAGCUCCGCACGAGUCCAAAAUUCCGGAUAAGUCCAGACAUCACUUAUUUUACUGCAUUAAUUAAUCAGUCCUAUCCAGUUCACUCCGGAUAGUCCUUUAUUAUUUUUCUUCAUCUUGUUGUAGUCGUACAUUCCUUUCUUUGCAAUCUCUGAUGAUUCUCACAAGCAGACUGAAAGCUGGCUUCUCUGUGUGGGUUUUAUACUCUUCAGAAGCUAUAUCAGCCCAGGACAGCCUCUGUUUGACACCUCCGUAGACAAAAUUAAUCUUCAAUUUGUCCUUUGUUUUUCCAGGCAGGCCAAAUAAAUCAAAUAGAUCAGGGGGCUCUGUCAGGUCAAACUUUCGAUUCCGUACUCCUUCUCUUUCCGACACCUGAUUCUCCUCCCCCUUCUCUCUCUCUCCGGCAGCCUGUCUUGGCGAGACGCCAUUUUUUAACUGCGUCCUCACCGUUCAUCAAUCUUCUCUCCUAUUGUAUUCCACCUCCCACACAGUUCUUAAAAUCCUGCUUAGUGCCCAUACGCUUCCACUCUGGGCGCUGCCACUCUUCUAAGUUGCCGGAUAAGAGCAGAGUUCACACGCAGCGUAAAAUGGCUUCUCUGUGUCUUUGUGGUGUCUUCAAUAACUAAGCUCGACACCAGUGCUUCUAUUCUAUAACUCUUUAUUUAGAAGCAUAACAAACAGAAAAGAAAGCCUACAGAAUCUAGCUGCAUGCUUGCAGCUUUCUGCCUCUAACAAAAACGAGACUACCUUGCUCACAUUCUCGGACAGACUGCUCUCCAGAGAGAGCUCAGCCCCCACAGACCACAGAUCAAAGGAAAAUGCCGGGUCAUGUGGGCAAUGCACCCAGUGAAUCAGAAAGCUUCCUGGAGUGUUAACUCUUAACUGUCCAGAACCACAACAUCUUAACCCUUGCCCCCCACAAAAGGUGGUGGACCUUCCCAGCUCUCACCGGAGAGCUUCCCUUUCUUCUCCCAGCCUCCCACCCUAGGAGAUCUUCCUUUCCCUGCCUCUCACGAAGGGUCCUUCAUCAUCUGUCCAUCACCUUCCUGUGUGGAACCUCAUUAACUGAGUAGAGGGCAUCAAAAAAACAGAACAAAACGUGAGUAUAUGUAGAGUUAACAGAAGGGGGGGGGAGCUAGAAAUCAAAUCAAAUAAGAAUAAGAAUAAAGAUAGAAGAUAGAAAUAAGGAGGACUUCCAGUUCUUCAACUACCAAGUAUGUAAAUAAAGAUUAUUAUUCAAUCCCAGGCAUCUUAAGUUCCUUCAUUCUUCUUGCCACACAAAAAGUCUCUUCGGUUGUUACUCUCUCUAAAGGUCAAGCAUAGUCUUCUUUCUCAAAGGGUUGUAGACACAAGACCAAAUACAGCCACUGAACUGCUUACGGGUGUCAGGACCGGCUGGGUCUGUGCAAGUAUGCAUGUAUGCAAGUGUACAAGGUGAGAUUUGGGUGAGAUAUCUGAAGAAAUGUUAUUUAUUUUGCAGUGCACGGUGACCUGUGGUGGAGGUAUACGGACUCGUAACAUCACCUGUACCAAGAACAAUGGAGAACCAUGUGAUAUUUCAAAGAGACCCCAUUCUAAAGCUCUGUGCGGCCUCCAGCAGUGUCCAUACUCCAGAAGAUUGCUGAUACCUAAUUUCAAACUGCAUGGUGGAAAGAUAAUCAGGAGAACUGGAACAGAUCCCAGAAAAGGCCCUGGGGUCAACUGGCCAACUACCAAACCAAGCCCAAGAAUCCUUACCACAACAAAAGGACUUGAGCCCAGAAAUGUUACUUUGAUGCCUACAUCCUUAAGCUUUGCAAACUCUUCCCAAAAAGAAAACUGGGGUGUAAAAACAUUACAAAGUAAUUCCAGUGGGUCAGACAUUCCUAAAAAUUAUUCCUACGUAUUUAGUGAAGGCAGCUUGCUGCAAAAUAGUACUUUCAGGCCUGUUACAAAUAAUUCAGAUGUUUUGAAUUCUACAAAUGUGGAGAACGUAUCCCCCAUAAAACCAUACAAUUAUUCAGACAUUGACUUUAUAAACAGGGACUCCUUUACCACUAAUCCCAAGUCGUUGGCUGUAACCCCCAGGUAUUUAAUGGAAGAAUCUAGUACAGUGUCUAACGGUACAGAUGGAGAAACAAAAAAUAAAUCCCAGAGCAAAUGGCCAAUGAAAAGUUCUCCUACUACCAUCACUGAUGGUAAUACAUCAAGCAACUUGCCGACAGAUUAUCACGCAGACAGUUUUAGACACAUUUCUGUUACUCCGGUAGCAGAGGUAGGAAUUUCCAUGACAACAAUAGGUCUUGGAGGCCUUAUUGUUCAAAUAAAUACACCUGAAAAUACAACAGCAGAUCCUAUCACAGUACAACCAGCGGUGUUAAAUGAUACUUCAAGAGACAAGUCUGCAAAUAGAAUGAAACCAACAUCCUCUGUGGAUGAGGCACCUACUUAUGCCACAGAAGGUCCAUUUCUGCAGGAUACUGACAUGCCAAAGACCUGGGAUGAAGCUUCCAAGAGAAUUUUGUUGAAUGACUCUGAGUCAGAACAUCCAAUGGAGUCCAGGAACUCACCCGAUGAUGCCACCUGGUUGGUGGGGAACUGGAGUGAGGUGAGUCUUGAGAUUUCAUCCUGUUGACUAUAGUCACUUCACUGCCACCUUUAUUAUUAUUUCAGCUGCAUUCCUAAUGAAAGCAAUUUUCUAUGCACAGUGUCUAUAAACCAGCCUUUAAAGGCAGAGGGCCUUCUCGGUGGUGGCGCCUGCCCUGUGGAACGCCGUCCCAUCAGAUGUCAAGGAAAUAAACAACUAUCUGACUUUUAGAAGACAUCUGAAGGCAGCCCUGUUUAGGGAAGUUUUUAAUGUUUGGUGUUUUAUUGUAUUUUUAAUAUUUUGUUGGAAGCCACCCAGAGUGGCUGGGGAAACCCAGCCAGAUGGGUGGGGUAUAAAUAAUAAAUUAUUACUAUUACUGUCAUCAUCAUCAUCAUUUGGGCUUCUGCAGGCCCAUUUUAUCAUUCAUUCAAGAUGUGGUUGAACUGAUAGAAAUGUGAGGAGGCCGUGGUUUCAUACAGCAGCAAUUAAAUCCCGAGGCAUAAAUGAGUUGCUCUGCUUCAGGUGUGGGGAACCCUUUGCCCUUCUGCUGUUGCUGAACUACAACUUCCAUGAUCCCUAGCCACUGGCCAUGCUUGAUGGGAGCUGUGAUCGCUCACCUGCAAUUUUUCUCAUAUUGACUGUUUUGCACCAGCCAGCCAAUUCUUUGGCUACCAGCUUUUAGCUAUGUAUUUUGUUUUGUGGUAUGUACCAUAAGCAGCUGGGGAGUGCGAUGAAAUGAGCUUCUUUUCCCAUUUACUCUCUGCUUUCCUGGGCUCCAGAUGAAGUGCUAGAUUUGCAUAGUUACAGGUAGGUAGCCGUGUUGGUCUGCUCUAAAGGUAAAGGUAAAGGGACCCCUGACCGUUAGGUCCUGUCGUGACCGACUCUGGGGUUGCAGCACUCAUCUCGCUUUAUUGGCUGAGGGAGCCGGCGUACAGCUUCCGGGUCAUGUGGCCAGCAUGACUAAGCCGCUUCUGGCGAACCAGAGCAGCGCAUGGAAACGCCGUUUACCUUCCCGCCGCAGCGGUACCUAUUUAUCUACUUGCACUUUGACUUGCUUUCGAACUUCUAGGUUGGCAGGAGCAGGGACCGAGCAACGGGAGCUCACCCCAUCGUGGGGAUUCGAACCGCUGACCUUCUGAUCAGCAAGUCCUAGGCUCCGUGGUUUAACCCACAGCGCCACCCAUGUCCCUGGUCUGCUCUAGUCGAAACAAAAUUUUAAAAAUCCUUCCAGUAGCGCCUUAGAGACCAACUAAGUUUGUUAUUGGUAUGAUCACACAAAAGCUCAUACCAAUAACAAGCUUAGUUGGUCUCUAAGGUGCUACUGGAAGAAAUUUUUUUAUCUUGCUAGAUUUGCAUCUUAGCAAUGCGAUUAAAAACAUCAAGUCUCAAAAGCCCUUUAUUUCUGUUUUGUUUUUGCAGUGCUCCACCACGUGUGGUGUGGGGGCUUUUUGGAGAGUGGUGGAAUGCAACACCAAGAAUGAAUCCGAUUGCCGGCACGUGAGAAAGCCUGAUCCGGCGAGGAGGUGUUACGUCCGCCCAUGUGCCCAGUGGAAAGCAGAGGACUGGAGCAAAGUAAUGGGGCUUUGGAAAUGAGUCUUUCCAGUUUCCAGAGUCUUUAAAAAUUAUUAUGAUGUUAGCUAAUCUGGCUUUUAGAACUGGAAGGGGCUUCAAGGUGGGAAACUCUCAUUCAGAGAACCGAAAUUGCUGAAAAGUGCCUGGUUGUGUGGUGCUCUUUGCUAAAAGCAUUACCAAAAACCAGCAAGUAAUUUUGUGCAAAUCCAUAUUGCAGCCUUGCUUUAUCCCAGACAAAUCCCAGCUUUUUGGGGCCAACGUGACUGAUGCUUAUAUCAUUAAGGAAGAAAGUGGAAAGGGAGGCUUAAUCAAAAAAGAUUGCAGGUCAGGAUCAUGAAUCCAAUUACGCAUCUAAUUUUGAUACAGAUGCUUUUCUGUAACAGCAGCCCCCAUCAUACCAAUUAUUUUUAAAUGGACUCACUUUCUUAUGAGCCAAAAAUGUUUUUAUGAAAAAAAUACAAUUUUCUUGAUUAUUCAAAUUGCAGCUGUUUUUCUCAUCAUAAAACAUUGCUUAUUAUUAUUAUUCCAGGAAGCUGGUCAAAGGCACUAUCUGAUUAUGACAAGCCAGGAAUAUUAAGUGUGGAAACUUAGGUAGUCUACUUUCUGAGGCAGGAUCAGUGUUGUUGAAAGAACUGAAAAGUUUCCCUUCCUCGGUCCUUGAUCUAAGUUUUGGGCCCAGUAUCAUAUUUUCCUUUUUCAGUCUCACAGAGGUGGGGGCUGGAUAAAAAUCCAAUGGGAAGAGAGAUAUUGCCCAGAACAUUUUUUUAGAGGAAGUUGCCUUUCAUAUGAAAUAAUAAAACAAUGAACAGGGUGGUGAUACAAUGACUACUGCAAUCGUAGUCUAUUGCGUCUGCAAUUGUUUAAGAUAAAACCUAUUGGGGGAAGAAACUACCGUAUUUUUCUGUGUAUAAGACUAUGUUUUUCCUCAUUUUUUUAAAGUUUGAAAUUGAGGGUCGUCUUAUACACGGCAUAUUUAAAAUAUUUAUUUCUUAAUUUUGGGCUCAAAAAAUAGAGGUCAUUCUAUACAUGGGGGCAUUUUAUAGACAAAAAAUACGGUGCUUUUGCCAUUUUUAUGGACGUUUAUUGUUUUAUUUUAGGGGCGUUUAUUAUCGCCAGUGCAAAUAGAUAAAUAGGUGCCGCUGCGGCGGGAAGGUAAACAACGUUUCCAUGUGCUCUGGUUUCCGUCACGGUGUCCCAUUGUGCCAGAGGCAGUUUAGUCAUGCUGGCCACAUAACCCGGAAAGCUGUCUGUGGACAAACGCCGGCUCCCUCGGCCUGAAAGCGGCAUGAGCACCACAACCCCAUAGUCAUCUUUGACCAGACUUAAUGGUCCAGGGGUCCUUUAUCUUUUACAUUACUCCUGAUAGUGUGGGAAACCCACUGCAUAUUCCAUUGUAGCUUACAGUAGAAGAGCAAUGGCUGGAUAUUCCUAGAAGCUGCCUGUCCGGCAGCAGCCUGCGAGAAGGUAACUGGCCCAAGUUCACUUGGGUAACUUCAUGCAACUUCAUGCCAAUUGGGGAUUUUUAAUAUUUCUCAUGGGAAGGGCUGCACUGCUUACCUGGCUUCCUGACACUGCCUGUUAUUGAGAUGUGCCCACCAUUGUGCCAGCACUGCGCUGCCCUCUCUGCUACUUCACCCUGUCGGUAAGCAGCAGCGACCCCAGCAUUGGGAAACCAGGAAAGCAGAACAAUUGCUACUGGAUUUGGACCUAGAUUUCCCUGCACUUCCUCCAUCACACUAGGCCUGUAGAGCAGUUGCCCGCAGAUCCCUGCCAGGGCUCUCUGACACUGCAGAGACCAUCUCCUUCUUGUCCGUCUUUCUGCAGUGCUCCUCCAGCUGCGGAGGCGGUUUCAAGACCCGCAGUGUCCUUUGCCUCGAUAUUCGUAGCAACAGAACCCUGAGGCCGUUUCACUGCCAGUUUGCAGGACGCAAGCCACAGUUAAACAUCAGCUGUAACACAGAGCCCUGCUUCGAGUGGCGGGUGGAGCCCUGGAAGGAGGUAGGUUGCCUCUACGGCAAGCUAUUGGGCUGAGUUAUUAACUGCUAAUUAGGGCCACCACCUUGCCGACAAACAUCCAUAUAGUUAAAGCUAUGGUUUUCCCAGUAGUGAUGUAUGGAAGUGAGAGCUGGACCAUAAAGAAGGCUGAUCGCCAAAGAAUUGAUGCUUUUGAAUAAUGGUGCUGGAGGAGACUCUUGAGAGUCCCAUGGACUGCAAGAAGAUCAAAUCUAUCCAUUCUGAAGGAAAUCAGCCCUGAGUGCUCACUGGAAGGACAGAUCGUGAAGCUGAGGCUCCAAUACUUUGGCCACCUCAUGAGAAGAGAAGACUCCCUGGAAAAGACCCUGAUGUUGGGAAAGAUUAAGGGCACAAGGAGAAGGGGACGACAGAGGACGAGAUGGUUGGACAGUGUUCUCAAAGCUACUAACAUGAGUUUGACCAAACUGCGGGAGGCAGUGGAAGACAGGAGUGCCUGGCGUGCUCUGGUCCAGGGGGUCACGAAGAGUCGGACACGACUAAACAACUAAACAACAACAACAAGGGCCACCACUGUGACAUGCCGCAACAUUAUGUGCAUUUAAUCUCAGCAGAAGGUGCACAGCUUUCGCUGAAUAGCUCUUCAGUUCCUCUUGGGGCAGCCAGCUCAUUUUUGACCUAUAGCUGCCUGAGCCACAGCUUGAGUUUUCCAGAGCUGCCACCCCCAACAGCUCAACAACCCAUCAACCCCAGGCCUGCGUGGCACCAGUGGUAUUGCCACCAACCUUUUAAAACCACCACACUUAUAUAAGAGACAGGAGAGAUGAAAAGAGCCCGCCAGAUUUGGAAGGCUGGCUGGAUGGAAAAGGGCCUGUACUGUUUGAAAAGAGAAAUUUAGCAUGCACAACUUCAUACCCCAACACUGAGAAAGAAAUGAUCAUGACAGUGAAUGGGGCACGAUAGAUCGUUUCGCCCCUCCCCUGCAAGCUUGCUCCCCCCCCCUCCCCAAAUGAAGAAGGCGCCUUCCUUCCUCCACAUCCAAUGCAGAAAUGCAGACAACUGGCCUCUUAGCAGGCCAGUAAUUUCUUUUUGCAUGCCAGUAUUUUUUUGUAGGCAACUUAAACUGAUGGAAUAUGCGCAGUUUGCGGAUCUGAUGUGUAGAACAAGAGAACAAGAAGAACAUUAAUUUAAAGCAGAUUGGAAUAUGUUUAUUGAAUAUAUGGUGGGAAAUUGUGUACACUUGAAAAUGCUAGUAGCAUUAAGAUAAAUUCAACAGUAUAAAUAAGUUUUGAUGGAAGUAAUAAUGGAUUACUGAAUGGUUUAGAUUAUAUAAAAGCUGCAGGAAUUUAUGCUGUGUAAAAUGAACCACAGAAAGAGAAGAAGGGAAGUCAUUAAUAUUUUAAGGUUGUAUAACUGCCACUGGGCCCCAUUUGAUAGAUGAUAUUUUUGUCUUAAAACAGUAUAUCUGUAAAACUCAUCUUCCUCAUUUUUCAGUCAAAACACUUGCUCCCAUCCAGUUUUUCCAUAUUACCAUCCUUUCAGUAAUUUUUAAUACAGUAUAGGAUUUCCCUACAAGGUGAGUUUGGCAUGCGAGUAUGGGUCAAGUUUAUUUUUAUUAGACAAUAUGUUCCAUAUCUUCCUAACUGACUUAGUUGUUUCUAGAGUCACCUGAGAUUUCAAGUAUUUUGAUCCUAGUAUUGACCAGCCCAAUAUGAUCCUGAUAUAAAAACUGGAAGUCCUCUCUGUAAGAUGUGUUCUUAAAGAUGUACACUGCCCGGGGAUCUUUUGAUAAAUAUAAAUUGAACAAAUAAAAUAAUAAUGGUACAUUUAUUGUUUGCAACCUCCCCUGGGACCUCAUGGUAAAAUAACAACCACCACAGUAAUGCAAAAUGUCUUCCAGUGUUCUGUUUCAUGUGGAGGAGGCAUUCAGCAAAGAGUGGUGAAGUGUGUCAAUGUGGAAGACAGCACCGCUCAUGCCCAGAGCCUCUGUGAGCAGAAGUCCAAGCCUGCGGGUUCUCGGAAAUGCAACCUGCGAGAAUGCGUUGGUAGCAGAGGUGGGUGUCUCUCAACAGCAGCAAAUACAAAGGAGCCGCCUUCCACACAACCAGCUGCUGCUUCAUUUGCUCAGUCCCUGUUUAGCUGACAAAUAUCUCGAGGACUGCAUCUUAAGACCUGGGUCAACACCACUGAACAAUAGCUAGGUACACGUCGACCGUAUAUCAGUUUCAAUUCCCAAGAGAGGGUCAUCAGGGCACAGAAGGGCUGUCCCCUUGUCUCCAGACCAAAACUGAUUUGAAAUUUAAAUGCCUGCCAUUGCUCUAUUGUGGCACUGACACAGGUCUUAGGGUUAUGCUACAGACUAAUGAGGAAUAAUAAUUAGAGCUGUGGAAUGAUGGUGUUCUUACUGAAAACGGGGGGGUGGGGGGGACACAGAAAUCACUUUUUACUGUAACUUCAAAGAUGUUCCUGAAUCUGGCUAUUAAGGGGCUCGUGAUUAGACUAGCAAGCAUGAUCAUCACAGUUCAUGAACCAAAGCAGGAUUCUUCAGAUGCAUGGUUUUCUGGAUUAAAAAAAACUGCAGGCAUGAAUCAGGUAUUCAUCGGCACAUUUGACUGUGUGGAAAUGUUAUCUGUCUGCAGCCCAAUGCUUUUAGUGGAUGCAUGCAUAACAUGACUGUGAAUGUUCUAUCCACCAUCUGAUACAACUAGUCAGACAGGAAUGCAAGUCUUCCAGGAGAAGUGUGCCUUAGCUGAGUGGCAGAAUACACGAUCUUUAUGCGGAAGGUCCUUAGUUCAAUCCCUGUUUUCUUCCGGUGGGGCUGUGAAAAACUCCUGGCUGAAACCCUGGAGUUUAGACCAGGGUUUCCCAAACUGGGGUCCCCGGCUGUUGUUGGACUACAACUCCCAUCAUCCCUAGCUAGCAGGACCAGUGGUCAGGGAUGAUGGGAAUUGUAGUCCAAAAACAGCUGGAGAACCUAGUUUGAAAAACCCUGGUUUAGAUAAGGCUAGAGGUAGAGGUAGGCUUAGUGAGAGGCAACUUCCUAGAGUUGGAUCAGGGCAAACAUGCAGAAGGGAAGAAGUCAAGAAAAACUCUGCAAUGACUUUCUGGAAUAUAUUGCUCAUUUUUGUAUAGGCAUAUGGUAUGCAUGAAUGCUCAGAUAAUGCUGAUAUAUGCUCCAUACUUAUUGUAUUUUUAGAUAUGUGGGAUAUACGUAAGUCCAUAUGUUGAUCUCCCUCAUUUUUCUACAUCUGAUGACUAAGGCUCUUGCUUCUUUUUCCUUAUGCAAUGCCUUACCAAAGUAAACUCUACAAAAAGAAGCACACUUGGUUUUAUGGCACACAUAAUUGUGUCACAAUUCUGUGGGGGGUGGGGUGCUUUGUCCCCCCCCCCAUAGAACACAUGUGCAAAUUGGUAAAACACCACACAAAAAGAAUGUUGAUGCUGUCAUUCAUACAGUCGCAUCAAGAUUACCUUUUUGCAUUGUUCUAGCAAAGCACACAGGUGCCUAAGUAGCACAGAGAGAGGAUGCACACACAAUGCAGAAGCUGAAAAGCUGCAGCAACCUUCAGUUCCAGUUCUGGUAGAUGAUUGCAGAAAUUAUCCUAGUGCAGGCUUCCUCAAACUCGGCCCUCCAGAUGUUUUGAGACUACAAUUCCCAUAAUCCCUGACUACUGGUCCUGCUAGCUAGGGAUCAUGGGAGUUGUAGGCCAAAGACAUCUGGAGGGCCGAGUUUGAGGAAGCCUGUGGUUAAACCAGAAUUCAGGGAGGCUGGCAGAGUGAACCACAGAACCAAGAAGGAAAUGGUAUGUGAGAAAUCAUCUCAUCCAUAAUAAAAAAUAAAAGAUAUGAAGGAUGUUGAAUUCUUCCACCAUUGCACUAUUUCAUGUUUAUUUCUUGUGUGGACUCUAUGAACUUGACUAUGUGAACAUAUGAAGCUGUCUUAUACUCAGGGCUUAGUCACCCUUACCUUUCAGCCGCUUUUCCCAGGCACAAUCCAUGCUUUGAAGCUCAAUGUCUGAGCAUCCUUCCCCCCGUCCCCUCCAGAGCUUCCCCCACAAAAACCCACUCUUUAAAGCUGAACUGGAGCAAACAGCAAUCCACUGAAUUGACCUGAAUUGACGUUCUUUCUGAUUGAGCGGUAAAGAGCAGGUUGCCAUAGGGAAAGCUCAGGGGCACACACACAGACAGAGAGAGAGAGAGAGAGCACUUGGACAACCUAUGCCUGGAAAGAGAGGGGAACUUAGCCGAGGAUUGAACUUAGGACGUUCUGUGUGCAAAACUGUACAAAACAGAUGCUCUACCACUGAGCUCUGGUCCAUGGGGUCACGAAGAGGCGGACACAACUAAACAACUAAACAACAACCACUGAGCUACAGCCCCAACCAACCCAAUCACUAUAGUCAGUGACUAAAACUUUGGUCAGGGCAGGGAUGGGGAGCCUGCAGCUCUCCAAACAAUGUUGGAUGACAGAUCCCUUCAUCCCUAACUGUUGCCAUGCUAGCUAGAGCUGAUGGGAGUCUGACAACGUCUAGAGAGGUUUGGAGGGUGGCAACAUGAGAACAGGCCUUCUCUGCAGUGGCUCCCCGUCUGUGGAAUGAUCUCCCCAGGGAAGUUCGCCUGGAGCCUUCAUUAUACACCUUUAGGUGCCAGACAAAACAUUCCUCUUUAAUCAGGCCUUUGGUUGAUCCAAUUUACAUCCUACGCCCUUUUAAAAUGUGUGUUAUUUGGGGGGGGGUUGUAUUGGGUUGCUAUUUUUCUUUUUAUUCUGUGAACUGCCCUGAGACCCCUGUGUAUAGGGCGGUAUAUAAAUUCAAUAAAAAAUAAAAAUAAUAGAGUGCCACAAGUUCACCACCAGUGCUUUCAGUAAUUAACAGCACGCUUAGACUGCAACCCUAAGCACACUUCCUAGGACGAGAAGCCCCAGUGAACACUAUGAGACUUACUUCCAAGCAAGCAAACAUAUGGUUAUGCUGUCAAUUUCUUUCCUUCUGCCUCUCUCUGAUGUCCUAUGAUGUUAUCCUAACUCUGUAGGCACCAAAAGCUACUGCUGUUUCCUUUUACGAAUGUGUGUGGGUGUGUUUCUUCACCACAGGUUUGCCUUGCGGCAAGGACAGGCUGUCGGCGAAUUUCUGCGAGAAAGUGAGGGAUCUUGGGAAAUGUUCCAUGCCUUCAGUGAGGAAUCAGUGCUGCGCCACUUGCAAGAUACCUGGGGAUGCUAACGCAACAGGACCUCGAAAAGCGACCCAUGCCUGAAACUGCAUGGCUGAGAACUAGGACUGCUAAAUCAGAAUGUGAAACGGAAGAACGUGAUCCAACAGGGUGUAGGGAAGCUGUAGCAUCCCAGAGGCCACUGGGCGCCUGCCCCAGCCAGCAUGGCCAAAGGUCAGGACCGAUGGGAGUUGUAGUCCAAAGCCGAAAAGCCAAAGCCUAGUGGGGUGGAGCUGCAAUGCUAGCUUCCCAGCAGUGGUGGCGCUGUGGCUUACCAAGUGGGAGAGGGACAUGGCAGCAAAGAGGGCAGGGCUGUGCAGGCACCAGGAUGCUAGCACUGUAACUCUGCCCCAGCAGAUGAGCCACAACUGCCUGAAGGGCCACAGCCUCCCCACUCCUGCACGAGAGCUACACUGCCACUCCCACCAUGGAACUAUAAUGCAGUGGAUUUGAACCGUCUCCAAAUCCGAAGAUCGCCUGAACCCUUUGUCCUGAUUUGCAACGUCGGGUUCACUUAUUGUACUGUCUGUUCUGCUUUUCAUCUUCACUGUUUAUUUCCCUUUUCCGGCCUCCUUCCCUCUGUUUUUCCCACCUCUCUUUAAAAACACACACC